AGAAGGCAGAGGGGGGAGGCGGCCCGGCCAGCCCUCCCUUCCCGCUAGGCGGAGUGGAGAGGCCGGGGGGCGGCGCCCUGCCUUGGUCCCGCUUGCCGCCCAGCAAGGCGGGCGGGCGGUGUGCGCGGCUCCGCUUGCCCGGGCCAAGUCCCGCCUGUUCCGCGACGGCGAGUGGGUUGGCUUCCUGCGCCGUGUGCCGCUGCCCCCUUCCUCUCCUUUCCCUUCCCUUCCUCCUCCUCCUCCUCGCCGUCCUCCCUCCCCUCCCGCGCUCUCUCUCUUUUCCCUCCCUUCCUCCCUUCCCCCGGCAGGCAGUAGGAGCCGCAGCGGCAGCAGCCCGGAUCCCCUGAGCCAUGGCGCUGUGAGAGCAGCACAUGGCGGCCGCAGCAGCCAUGAGCCCCCCACGAACCCACACAACUCCCCCCUGAAGAGCCGCCGUGCAACUGCAGCAGCAGCAGCCAGCCAGCCAGCCCAAACAGCCUGCCCCGUCUUAGUCGGAUCACAUUGGCCAUCACUUCCCACCCCGCAACUCUUCGCUCCUGCCUCGCCCGGGCCGCUCGCUCUGCACCGCUGCCGCCUCCAGCAAGCCAAGUCCGGUCCCCGCCACCGCUGCUGCUGCCGCCGCCGCCGCCAUGGGAGUGCAAGGCUUCCAGGACUACAUCGAGAAACACUGCCCCAGCGCCGUGGUGCCGGUGGAGCUGCAGAAGCUGGCCCGGGGCAGCCUGGUGGGUGGCGGCCGCCAGAGGCCCCCGCAGACCCCGCUGCGCCUCCUCAUCGACGCCGACAACUGCCUGCACCGGCUCUACGGCGGCUUCUACACGGACUGGGUGAGCGGCGGCCAGUGGAACCACAUGCUGGGCUACUUGGCGGCGCUGGCCAAGGCCUGCUUCAACGGCAACAUCGAGCUCUUCGUCUUCUUCAACGGCGCCUUGGAAAAGGCCCGGCUCCACGAGUGGGUGAAGCGGCAGGGCAACGAGCGCCAGACCGCCCAGCAGAUCGUCAGCCACGUCCAGAACAAGGGCACCCCGCCGCCCAAGGUCUGGUUCCUGCCGCCCGUCUGCAUGGCGCACUGCAUCCGCCUGGCCCUCAUCCGCUUCCACAUCAAGGUAAGCAGCAGCAGCAGCAGCAGGCGGCCCAGGGGGCCUGGGCUCGGGCGCUAGGGGCUGCUGUCCACACUGCCCCGCCGGCCCCUGCCUUUCCCCUCCUGGCCAGCCCCACGUUGCGCCAGCGCCCCUUGCAUCUUCUCCCCUGCCCCAUUGCCCCUUUUCCUCUGCCACCUUGCGGCCCCCUCCUUUUGGUUGGCCAUUUCUGCACUCUCUUGCCACCCCCCCCCCACCGUUGGCCCACACUAAUAGGGGCCCUUCCCUGGUCCCCCCCCCCCGGGGCUCCUCUGGCACUAGGGCGCCCAAGAAGCGGUGCCCAACUCCGGGGCUGCUUCUCCUUGCCAUUGAAGCGCCAGGUUUUCCACUCCUCGGUUCUGCGCAGCUCCAGUGGGGUUUGGGGGGUCUUUUUUCAGUGUUUGGAGGGGGGGAGAGGAGGGGCAGCACUCUUAAGAUGGCAGCAGGUUUUGCCCUCUUGGUUGUGGCUUGACGGAGUUCAGAGGGAGGGAAUCUGUGUCUCUCCAUAUCCGCAAAAUGUCGUCAAAAGCUGGCGGUGUCGGCGGCUUGGGCGGGGAGAGGAGGUGCGGCGAGUUUCCUGGGAGCAAGCGGGCUCCCCGCUGGCCAUUAAUAGCCGCCCAAGCGGGGCCAAAAAGUUUCUGCCGCUUCGGCGUUGGCCGGGGGUCUCCCCCUCCCGCCAAGAGGCCUUAAGUCGCCUCCGCGCCUCCUCCUUAGCAGGGUGCCUUGAGCUGGCAAAGGGGAGGACUUCGUAAGCGCCCUGAUGUCCUCAAUCUCUACGGGGAUUUUUCUAUUUAUACAUACCUGUCAAGCUUUGAAAACCAGAUGAGGGUGAUCUGGAACAUCCGAAGGCUCCCAUCCACUAUCAUAGAUGUCCUAAUGAAUAGCAAAGGCUAAAUUGGGAGAUGCAAUCAUAAUUUCGUUUUUCCAGCGUUCUUGAGGCUGUAUUCCCCACUGCUGGUUUUGUGAGCACUUUUGCCUCUAUGCAUCCCCCUCCGCUUCAGGAUCCAUUUCUUUCCCCAUCCCAUAAAACGGGAAGAAGGGGAGGUUGGUGCUCUCACCGUGCCUUGCCUGAUGGAGAAUUUGAAGACGGGCAGGUAGCAAAAUGAAUCUGUAACGCUUGUGCUCCAGAGCCACCCUAAUUAAUGCUUUGAAGUUUGAGCAGUUCUGCUCAUCUUCAAAACUCCAGCGAGGUGUGUUCUGACUCCAUGUUGUUUGGGAGGCCAUUGUUCUGAUCACUCGGAUUUAUAAAAUGUCCCUUGCAAGCUAGCAGCCAGUCUUCUGGAAACAGACUCAAUUCAAAUCCAAUCCAUUUGUUUUUGAAAAGUACAAUCACUUCUGCAUCUUGACUCAACUGUAAGAGAAAUGUUUGAGGGGCUUUAGACACAAGUUUGCCAAGAAAAUGAAAGUAAGCAACAAGUUCUUUAACAUAUGAUUUACAUUUAAAGAGAACCUGCAGCUUGAACUAGCUUUAGGUUUAGCUCUUGCAAAAUGACUGCUAUACACAAGUUAAACAUACUCUGGUUUCAAAUCGUUUUAGACUUCUCUUACUGUACAUGUAAACUGGCAGCUGUUGAAAAUGAGUAGUGCCUAUAGUUUUAAGCUAUACUUAAUGUCAAAUAAUCGAUGCCCAUUUUAUGACAGCACCUCAUUAAUUUUUUUCUUGUAAAGACAAAUAUCAAGAGGCAGUAGUAUUAUUUCAUUAUGGUUUAUUUUAUCUUCAGAAGAAAUUAAGUAGGUAAAAGUGUAUAAUCCUCAGGAUAUUCUUCUGCUUGAAUUUUUAUGAAAAGGAAAAGUAUUGAGCACAUAGAAAGUAGUUGUACACUUUUUAAAGUUCCGUUGCAUAGCAUAUCAAAUAUUUUGUGGCCUUCAGAGACGUGCACAGAUCUAGAACCAGAGCUUAACGUUAUUGAGCUUUCGUGCUGCCCUUUUGGCAGAUUAAACCACAUCUGUAAUCGGGACAAAGGAUAUUUCUCAGGAUGGGGAGAGUUUCUCUAGAAAGAGAAAAAUUACUAUUGUUUUAAAAAGUAUUUCAUAAAAGUUAAGUUUCAGUGAAGUUAACUCAGUGAAACUGGAAAAGUAACACUAGAGGCUUGGAUUGGGUGAUUUUCUGCUGAAAACUUAGGUUUAAGGCCUAGAAAUCAUCCUGCAUUUUUAGAGAGGCAGUGAUACUUCAGACAAAGUUGAUAGUGGAAGUCCCACCCCUUGUUUCAUUUUUAACUGGUAAGAAAUUUUAUAAGCCUGCAAGUUGACAGAUCUAGUGUAAUGAUUGGCUUACAGGAAUGACAGACAUGGAAGUGUAGCACUCCUAUGAACAAGUUAGAUUGUUCUGUUCAUGUACGCUUGUUAAAUUCAUCUGUAUGGAAGCAGAAAGCUGUUAAGUGCAACCGCACUUUCCUCUGUAACUUAAUCGGAUGUGACAUGCAUUUCUAAUAAAGGACGAAAGGAUUGAGUCUAAAAACUUGUUACCACAAGUAGUUUGUGCUGUGUUGUUGUUUUUUACAGGCCUCAUAGGAUGAGUUGCUUAGAUUUGAAAAGAUGUUUAAUUCCAAUGAAUGCUGAUACUGCCUUUUAAAAUGGGUUGGAGGGUAAAGUUCUGGUUUUACUAGUGAUAUCUCUUCAAGUUCUAAAUUUAAGAAUAAUCUAGGUUGAGAAUUUUAUUUCUUUUUAGAGACUAUUUCAUAUUGUUGAGCAGGAAGAGAUCCUGAGGGUCAUCUAGUUCAACUCUUAUCAAGGUGCAACAAAUCUUUGUGUUUCUUCACAUAUUGAAAUUUCUGUUACCUUGCUUUUUAGCUUGUUUUAAAUAUGUGGCAGUCCAACUGUUACUGCACAUUUUUAAUAAUACUUUAAACCAGUAUGCAUUUUUUUCUAAUAUGAAAAAUAAAACCACUUUAUUUUUAUUCCCUAAGAUUCUUGCUCAAAGAAGUGUAUAGAAGUACAUGUGAAGUGAAAAAUAUUUUAUCUUUAAAUAUGUUUUUUAGUUUGUAUAGUGUAUUGUAGCAGUGACUUUUAUAGCAAACCAUGAUUUGAUUCUUACUAUUUUUUAAUUCCUGGUUUUGCAUAUAUAAGGCUUUUACUGAACCUUGAAUACAUAAAUGUUGAAGUUUUGUUCUGUGCUUAGUGAUACUAUAUUGUUGCCCAAUAUGCCAUUUAAUAUUUGUUUUGUUUUUAAUGAUUGGUAUUUUGAGUAAAGUCUUGAAUGUCAUUAUGGAUAAAAGGUGGGCUAGAAACAUUUUAAUAGAUCAAUUUAUAGAAACUUAGGAAUUCUGUCAUGCUGACAGUUCAUUUAAAAGACAGUUUAUAUAUAAUGGUUUCUUGUAGUGCUAAGUCAAAUGAAAUAGGAAUUCAUGACACUGAUAUGUUGAAAUCUCAAGUGGGUAUUUCUACUAGCAAAUUGCAUUGUCAGUGGAAAAUGUAGACUAUCGGGAGCGUGGGAAACAGUAUUCAGAGCACAUGCUAUUCUGUCAAUACACAGCACUUUUUAGUUGGGUAGUCAGAUCAUGAGGGCAUAAUACAGUACAAGUUAGAAUUUAGGGACACUAAGUAAACUGGAACAAAUACUAAUAAAGAGUAAUAUAGUUGUCAUUUUCAUAGUCUAAUUCUAGUGUUUACAGUAGGCAUUGCAAAUACAGACAUCUCUUUUUCUUCUUUCUGUUACUUGUUGGCAGACCCAUGUACACAUAGUCUGGUUUGCCACCAAACUUUUCUUUGCUAUUUUGGCAUAUAUUGGCUGCAUGUGGAAUGUUAUAGUCAAGUGUGGAUACUGAAGUACAAAAUUCAUUUUAUUUAUCUAAACAAUCUUCAAUUGAUUCUAAGCAGUAUAUAAUAAAUACCAAUUCAGAAAAGGUAAAAAUCAGUUAAAACUAUAAAAUCAGAUUUUCAUUUAAAUUACUGCUGGAAUAAAAGUUUUCAGGAAGUGCCAGAAGUUCAACCAGUUGGGAGAGAAGUCCAUAAAAUUGGGACCACAGUACCAAACACACAACUCCUGAUGGAUAUGAGUCAUGCAUCUGACCCAUGGGGGACCACUAAUAGUGACCUUGGUGACUUUGCUGAAAUAUAAGGGAUUGAGGUAUAUAAGUCUUAAGGUAUCCUGGACCCAAAUUAUUAAAGGCCUUGUAAAUUAAUGCAAGUCUUGAACCUGACCUAGUAGUGUAUGGGCAGCCAGUGCAAACUUUUGAUCACCACAGUUAUUUACUGGUGAUAAUCUGUCCUGGUCAACAGCCUAGGCACAGCCUUUUGCGCCAGUUGGAGCCUCUGGACCAGGCCCAUGGGUAGCCCCACAUAGAGUGCAUUGCAGUAAUCUAGUCUUGAGGUUACCAAAGCAUGAAUAAUUGUGUUUGUGUCGUAGGCAGGGUCCACAGGUGAGUAAACUGCUUUCCUUUGAGAAAAAUGUGUGUUGCAUGCAAAAAUGAUAGGUGCCCAUUUGUGCACUUCUGUGUUGUACCUGGAUUGCAGAACGUGAUUGGUUUCAGAGAUAUGAAGGGCUGCCUUCAUGAACCUGGAUGCCUGCUCAUUGCAGGCAUCAUAAGUGGCCUUCUGAUUUUCUAAGAUGUGGGCCAGGGCUUUUUAAGUUGUGAUGCUCAGGCUGUAGAACUCCCAACCCUGGAUGGUGUGUCUGGUGUGCUGUUUUUUGGUAUUUUGAUGUGCUGCCAAAACCAUUUUAUUUUGCCUCCCUGUUGGUUUUCUUCAGCUUACACACUUCCUUUCACUUUUAAAUCUGGCUUCUAGUUUUUAUGCUGUAUAUCUAUAGCCUAUCCACCAUAGGCACUACUCAGGGCAACCUGCAGUAAAUUAAAUUUGCUAGGUCCUAAAAUAAAAUUUAAAAAAUUAAAAAUAUAACAGUGGCAGCAAUAAGAGGUAAACCAUGACCUUUAUAUAAGGUGUUUGGCAGGUAGAAGUCUGCUAGGUUAAAAAAUGUAUUCGUCAGCUGGUGAUAUCCAGCCAGAGAGGUCUUCUUUGGUGAUCACUCAUAGCUGAGUAAGAUUGUCUUCCAUCAGUAUGGUUUUAACAGUGAGUCUGUAAGUGACUGGAGGCCAGUUCUGGAUGCACACGUCCUUCCACAGUGGGGACAUAGGUUUCCGGAUGGGAGUUUUAUCAUGGUGAGGGGCUGCCAAAUGUGCCUUCCUCUUGGCUUGUUUUGUCCUGAGUUCAUCUUCAAAGUUCAUGACACCUUUGGUAAUGGCUGUUCUCCAAUUUGAGUGCUCGCAAGCCAGUGUUUCCCAAUUGUCGAUGUUUAUGCUACAUUUUUAAAGAUUUGCCUUGAGAGCAUCUUUAAACCUCUUUUGUUGACCACCAGAUUUACACUUUCCAUUUUUAAGUUGGGAAUAGAGUAGUUGCCUUGGAAGACGAUACCCAGGCAUCCAACCAGUCCAACAAAGUUAAUGUUGAAGAAUCAUUGCUUCAACACUGGUGAUCUUUGCUUCUUUUGUGCCAUCUACUGAGCCUCCAUUCUAGUUAGGAUGCAGAGAAGGACCCUUCCUGAUCUGAGGAAGCUGGAUGGUUUGGGAGGAGGUGAUCCCACAAGUAUUUAUUUAAAAAUUUAUAGGCGGGUGGCGCUGUGGGUUAAACCACAGAGCCUAGGACUUGCUGAUCAGAAGGUCGUCGGUUCGAAUCCCCAUGACGGGGUGAGCUCCCGUUGCUCGGUCCCUGCUCCUGCCAACCUAGCAGUUCGAAAGCAUGUCAAAGUACAAGUAGAUAAAUGGGUACUGCUCCGGCGGGUAGGUAAACGGCGUUUCCGUGCGCUGCUCUGGUUCACCAGAAGCGGCUUAGUCAUGCUGGCCACAUGACCUGGAAGCUGUAUGCUGGCUCCCUUGGCCAAUAAAGCGAGAUGAGCGCCGCAACCCCAGAGUCGGUCACGACUGGACCUAAUGGUCAGGGGUCCCUUUACCUUUUACCUUUUGAGUAAAACUAUUCCAGUGAUAAUAAAAUUGAAUGCAAUAUAACAUUAAGAAAACCAGCAAUAAUAAUAAGAUGAAACAUUUUCCAUAAGACCAUUGGCCAAGGAAACUCAGUGGCAGCAUAGAGUGACACUUUUAGAUCAGCCCAUGAAAAUAACUGGAUCUUCAAAGCCUUUCUGAAGACCUGAAAUGUAGUAGCUUUAUAGAGGUAGGUCAAUUGGCAGUGUCUUCUAAAGUUGUGGGGCCACCACAGAGAAAGCCCUGUCCCUUGUACCCACCAACUUAGUAGCAGAUAAACAACAAGAGCCCUAAUUAUUGAUCUUAAGGUGCAGGCGGGUUGGUAUGGGUGCAGGUGGUCCUUUGAAUAAUUGGCCCAGUUAUGCUUAAGGCAAGUGUGGGAAACUUUUGGCUCUCCAUAGGUUGCUGAACUACAGCUUCCACCAUACCUGGCUAUUAGCCAUGCUUCUGUGGCUGAUGGGAGUUGUAGUUCAGCAACAUCUGGAGGGCCAAAGGCUCCCCAUCCUGGCUUUAAAGGCUAAAACCAGCACUUUAAAUUUGACUGGGAAUGGCUGUGGUAGGCAGUGCAUUUGCUAAACCUUGAUGUAACAAAGGCAUGAGUUCCUGUAGCCAGGAAUGGACAAGGUUCAUGCACGAGUCUAAGCUGACCACUGCUGUCACCUGGUCAUCCAGCACUCCCAAACUCAGAACUUGAUGUUUUCAAAUGCACAACCCUGUCCAAAACAGCUUGAAUCCUAUUGCAUAGUCUGUCUCCUUCCUGAUUAGGAUCACAAAUGCCUUGUCUGGAGUUCACUCAAGUUUUUUGUCCCUUGUCCAACCCAUUGCUGCCUCAAGGUUCAUAAGCUAGACAUCUUAUCAAGUCAAGUCCUGUAUUUACUACUCUGAUUGCUAGCAUCAUUAAUUAAUUAAUUAAUUAAUUACAUUUAUUCCCUCACUUCACCGGAAGAUCACAGGACCUUCAGAUGUUGUUUGACAGUAAGUUGUACAGGCCCUGACCCAUUGGCCAUGCUGGCUGGAACUGAUGGGAGUUCAAACAGCAUAGAGCCAUCUCCAUUAUAAAAUGCUAAGUCAGACUGUGGGUUAGCUUGGAUGCUUGAGCUCUGGGAGAAGAGAUUGCAGAUACUUUCUGCUUGUUCUGCUGCGCUGCACUAAGCCAUGACAUGGCUUAGCAUUUUGACUAAACUUGGCCUUGUGUUUUAGCUCUCCAUAUUAGCUAUGAGCUUUAACCAAGUUUUGUCCUGUGGUUUAUAGCUCUCAGCUUGCCUUAGAAAGCUAAACCAUAGGUUUAGCCAUGACUUAGGAGGGAGGAGCCAAAUGGUGGCUAUUGCCAUUUUAGGAGCCAGUGUGUUCCUACUAAACCGUAAUUUGGCUUGGUAAGAUGUGCAAACCAGACUUAUAUGACAGCAGGAUCAUCCACUGAGUUUGUAGUCCUGUUUUAUGCUGUCCAUGUACCUAAACUCAGCUAUGUGUUCAGUUUCAGAUUAUUUAUAUUUAUGAUUCUAUUGCAUGGUCAUUUAUACUCCACACUGGGAAGACAUUAUUUUGUUCAAUAACAUUGCUUCUGGGAAAAUUUGGACACUUGUCAGCGUGAUCUUCUAUAAAUCCCACUUUGUUCACUUAGAUUGACUUACUGAUGAGUGUGUGCAAUUGUAGCAUUUGCAUGCAUGUAUGAAAUUCAAAAUGGGAAAUGUGAUUUACAUUUAAAUAUCUCUUAAUCUCAAUCAAUCAGUCCUAGUGGUAUUGCGGUAGCUAUCAUAAUCAUCCCUGAGUCAUCAGGGAUCCUUGUUGCAUUAUAUAAUUAAUUAUUAUUGUAUCCUGCUUUAUUUAGUCAUUUUAGAAGAUAAUAACAGAACUCAGAAUGGCAUAAAAAUUAAACCUGAUUCAAUAAAAUAAUAAAAAACAGACUGACAAAGAAACUCCAACAAAACUUAUGAUUUCAUUCAUGGAUCUUUGUUACUUGUAAUUUACCAUGGAAAGAUUUGAAUCUUGAAAAGCUGGACAUAAAUAGUUGUAUUAAAUAAAUAAGUCCCCCACUAAAAUCCAGCAAAGCUAUAAAGCUUGCUGAAAUACAUGGGCAAAUAAAGUUGGAGAUUGAAAUAUAUUUUUAAGAAGAUUGGCUCCCAAAGCAGCUUACAAUUUUAUUUUAUUUUUGCAUCUUGGUGAUGGACUUCGAUAUUUCAGGGAUACAUGGCUGUGAAUAUGGCAGUUUGUCCUGGUCCUUGACAGAUGAUGAUCUUAGUCCAAGUUCCAGGCUUUUAACCUCCAGAAGGAAAAAUAUAUACCGUAUUUUUCCAUGUAUAAGACUAGGUUUCCCCCCUAAUAAAUUAUGUCAAAAAUUAGGGGGCAUCUUAUAAAUGGAUAGUGUCAAGGCCAUUUUCUUAAAUCUGAGUCCCCCAAAAUAGUCUUAUACAUGGGGGCAUCUUAUAGACGGAAAAAUACGGUAUGCCACACCACAGGAGGGAUGGACUCUUGCUGAUCUGCCAAAAACCAAGGUGAGACCUGAUAAGCCUGUAAAAGAGUUGAAAACAGUUCAGAUGGGAUGUGUGUUGUCUUGUAAAUACAUUUCUGUCCCAAGGGGACAGGUAUGUUUCAGAAAGUUGUUGGCAGGGGAACAUGGGUGUCUUUUAUGUAGGUCUUUUGGGAUGCGGGGAGCAGAAUAGGGAGUCUGGCCUGUUCAUUAGUUCCCUCAAUUGAAUACUGUGAAAUCAAUAGUUGCUUUCAGCUUUCUUCUCCUUCUUGUUAGAAAGUAAUGCUUGAACUGGGAAACUGCACACUUGUUUUGAAUAUGGGAUCUUCAUUGGCCCUGAUUAUAGUGUUUAGGAGAAGGAAGGACAGUUGUUCGGAACAGGACUAAAGUUUGACAGAGGAUGGUAUAGGAUACCCUGUUGUUGUCAUCAAGUUGGAGCUGCACAUUUCCAGUGCGUGAGAACUUGUUUUUAACAUGAGCUGCUAAUGUACAUUUCAGCACAUUCAUACAGUUUGGUAUUAACAUUUAAUGUAUCCUGUUCUUCCUCCCCCUUCCUCUCUCCCUUUUUGCAUAGGUUGCACAGAGCAUUGAAGACCACCACCAAGAAGUAAUUUCAUUUUGCCGAGAAAAAGGCUUCCAUGGCUUGGUUGCAUUUGAUUCAGAUUACGCAUUGUGCAACAUCCCUUACUAUUUCAGUGCCCAUGCCCUAAAACUGAGCCGUAAUGGAAAAAGCCUCACGACAAGCCAAUACCUGAUGCAUGAAGUUGCCAAGCAACUGGACCUGAAUCCAAAUCGGUUUCCUAUUUUUGCUGCUCUUUUAGGUAGGUGGAAUGACACAUGGAAGUCCACAUUUAUCUGAUCUUAAGAAUGUGUUAUUGGAAGGACUGUUUCUGUGCACACUUGUUUUAUCAUUUCUUCAUCCUCUUGGUUUGUGUGUGUGGUUUUUGUUUUUUGUUUUUUAAUUGUAUAGCAGUGACUCAGAAUCUGGUACCUUUUAUCCCAAUCACUUUUACAUGGAAAUGUGGAGGUACCUGAAGUAAGGCUGCAAUCCUAAAUGUGAUUACUUGGAAGUAAGCCCCAUUAAUAUGGGACUUAGUUUUGGAUAAACAUUGUUUCUGAAUUAGACAUUAUACCAGGAAAAAAUGUAGAUUAGUUACCUUAUAAAUACUCAUUAUCAUAUUCAGUCUCUCUAAUUGCAUUAUCUGCAAGUGAAAUUUGAAUUUAGGAUUGUUAUUUCCCCCCAACUCUGUCAGACUUCACUAAUUUCAAGUACUGCCUUGAUAUUUUAAAAAAGUAAACGAGACACCGUUUAUGAAGAACAAGUAACAUAUAGUAUAUUUUUUAAAAGCAUUGCAUAUUGUAUAUUCCAGGUAAUCACAUUCUACCUGAUGAAGAUUUGGCUUCAUUUCAUUGGAGUUUACUUGGUCCAGAACAUCCACUAGCCUCUCUUAAGGUACAACUUUAAUAUAAUUUCUGACAUUAAAACAAAUAACCUAGCAUAGGAAUAAAACAUAAUUUGGGCAACUUCUAAUAUUGUUGGGUAUUCUAAAGUAGCACCAAAGACUUAAAAGAGGACUACUCUGAGAACUUGCUUCACUGUAAGUGAGUUCUUUAAGUUUUUCCAUUCAUAUGGGCAAUGUACACACCGUGUUUCUUGUUUCAGUUCUCAUUUUAUCAUACUAAACUGCACCUGCAUCAGGAACGUGACUGCAGUUCUGAAAAUAUUUGCUCUUUUCCCCUUUCAUUUUUUUCUGAUAGCUCUAAGAGAAAAAAAUAUUUGUAUUCAGCUAUACUAGAUACAUUUACAGUGGUACCUUGGUUCUCAAACAGCUUCGUUGUCGAACAAAUUGGCUCCUGAACGCCGCAAACCCGGAAUUAAGUGUUCCAGUUUGUGAACGUUUUUUGGAAGCUGAAUGUUCGAUGCGGCUUCCGCUUGAGUGCAGGAAGCUCCUGCACUCAAGUGGAAGCCACACUUUGGUUUUCGAACGGUUUUGGGAGUCGAACGGACUCCUGGAAUGGAUUAAGUUCGAGAACCAAGGUUUAGUACAAAAGUUGUACCUGUGAUGGUAUUGCCAGUUGGACAACUUUAUGAAAAACCUGAACAGAGGGCUUGGGUGCUGGUGUACGGCUUAUGAAAAUUCAGUAUCUGAAACAGUGGUGAUCUUAAGCUUCCAGCUCUCAGAGGUGCUGUUGGUUCCUUAGACUUGAUGGGACAUGCAUACCAGAGUUUAAGAAAUGGUAAACACAGUUGAUGGUUUAAACGAGAUCAAACACCUCCUGGUUUUCUUGAAUUCUGUCACUUUCUCGCCUAGAUACCUCUGCUGAAGUUAUCAUCUUUGCAAAAAAAGUGCUGCAGGAAUUUAUAGAUUUAGGGGCAUAACUUUAAGUCCAUCUAACUAUUUGUUGCAGUUGUAUAAUACUUUUAUGUUUGUUGAAUAAGCAACAGGGGUGGAGAAGAAGCCAUCAUACACAAUAAGAACCCAGAUCCUACUAGGUUGUCUUGAACAUAAAUUAUCUUGGUGACACUGCAACUUGCUUCCAAGUAAGUUUGUUUAGGAUUGCAGCCUAAGAGUCAAGGCUGAUUCAGCACUGGGAGUUUUGGAAGUUUUUAUUUAUUUAUUUCUCCCCCUUUGCUUUAUUUUGAGUAAUCAUAUAUAUUCAACUUUUCAUGCUCAUUUAAAAAAGAAAGUCUUGUAAGGAACAAAAGCACCUUGGCCUGCUUCAACCUGCAGUAUCAUAAGCCAUGACAUCAAACUCAUCACAUGUAGAUUAGGCUACAAAUCUGCAUGCUAGUUGCUGGUCUUGCUUUCACUUUGUAUUAAAUGUGAGUUACUUAUUUAAAAAAUAAAGCCGUUUAGUCCAUGUUUGUGAAGAAAAGGUGAGUAACAAUCACAAAUGCAAAAGGGUGAUUCAGCACAAAUGCUAAUUGUAAGUGCCUCGCUAUAAUCUGUGCCUCACAGAUUAUGCUUGUGGUGGGGCAAAUUUUUCUGAAGUAGCUGUCCUGUUACAUAUUUUAAUGGCCAAAUAGCUGUGUCCCAGUGUCCACCAGCCUCUUGCAUUUACUCCUCUUUCUGCCUGGACACGAGGGGGAAACAAUCCAGAUGUUUCAGAGCGGUGAGGUAAGCUACUUGGAGCAAAGAUGGGCAAAAAGAAGUCCAAACCUCAGUAGCAAACCUGAUGAAGGGAAGCUUGUUUCUGACCAUUAGUAUGGUGAUAAUUUGCAGGCUGAACUAGAUGUAAUAGAGGCAGCUCUGUAUGUUGUUUGUGCGUCUGUCCUAUUCACUACACACACACACACACACACACACACACACACACAGACACACACAGAGCGCCAGGGUGGUGGGAAGUUCUUUUGCAACAAAAGGGGUGUACAUGCAUCAGGGGAGCUGGAUUUCCCCUCACAUUGCCUUCCUGUGCUUGCCUCACUGCAGGGACCCAGCUUUCCCCAGUAAAAAACAUGCUCCCCAGGCCAUAUCUACUUCAUCCCUUAGGCAGCUUUUCAUAUCACAAUUUUACAUAUUGGGACCUGUGUUCACGGAUGUGAUGCCUCUCAUAGUGCUCCCCAACCAACCUGUGCAGAUUUUCAGGAAGCUGCAAGGUGAAGGAGGGAUCAGCAAAACAUCUCUUUCCUCUCCUCUUCCAACAGAAGUGAAACUUGGCCAAUUACAAGUUUAGUUUGAACCCAUAAUGUAAGCUCCUAAAAUAGCAUUGUUGAAUUAUUUAUACCACACAAGGUACCGUGGCAUACCAUGUUUUCCAGAUGCCCAAUAAUAGGAAGAAUAAUAUAAAUAAAUAUUUUCAAUAUUUGGGGUACCAACCACCUCAGGCUUAUACAAGCACAUUCUCAUUCACCCUCCACCUGUGCCCCAUUGUUUCACAAAUGAGGCACCUGAUUAAAACUAAUCACACAUGGAUUUCACUGUUCUUUUAAAGUUCUUUGUUAUUAUUUUAGAAAGACAGGCAGAAUUUUAUAAACGUGGUAGCUGGGUAGCCUUGACUUGAUUUCUAAUAUAAAUUUAUUAAUGGGUAGUUUUACAACCAUUGAUUUGUAUCUGCAGUAGUACUAUUUAACCUGUGUAGUUAUUUCUAGAAAUAUCUUCUGUUGGUUUGACAUUAAGGCUUAUGUGCUCAUUUGCUCUCUUCCUCCUUUUGAACAGGCUAAACAGGCAUAACUACUUCAGCUUCUUGUAAUCAAGUGUUCAUUACCAUCACUGGAGCUUUUUGCCAUAUGUAGUGGUUUGAAUUAAGUCUUCUUGAAUAGAUAGACCAAAAUCAGAGACACUAUUCAAAACAGGGUUCUACUGUUACCUUUCAGAAUGCUAUUGGACUGUCCCAUUCAUUCUGGUAGAGUUACAUCAAUCACAGUUCAUCAAAGAUUUUUUUUUUUUAAUCUUUAUCACACCAAUACACUUGUGGUCUUCUUGGGAUAAAAAAAGAUUCUCAAUUUGCCUUAGUUUCAAACAGUUGCAAAUAACAGUAAACUAUAGCUGGUGGAUUACUGUUAAUGUGAAGAUUGUGCCUACGGUGCUCCUUUCCAAUCAGAAGAUCCCUGGCUAAGAGUUAUAUCUGAACUGAGGAGCAAUGGGAAGCCAAGAGCAAACUUUAGCUUCUCAGCAGUGUUAGCUUAGAGUGAAACAAACCACAGUCAUGAUUUAGAUGGAACACCAAGCCAGGAAUUGUGAUUUGUGGUUCCUGCUAGGGGAGAAGCAAAAUGGGGGCCAUCUGUGUGUUCUUGAUAAACUAAUCAUUAUAGUUUAUGUGAAUGCAGUCAUGAAGUCUCAGAAUGCAUGAGUUCCUACUCUCCAGCUCCAUUCCAGUUUCUCCUGUUCUAGCGCUCAUUGUUUCCCUUGCAUUGUUUCCCUCUUUAUCUUUAUAUGAACAAAAACAAAUAAUGGCUGUCUGUUCUGUGCUGUUAGCAAAUUUUAUCCCCAUCCAUCUGCUUUUUUAAAAAGUCAUUAAAAACCAUUAGCUUUAUUGUCAUAGAUGACACUUUUAAAACUUUAAAAAUAUUGUCUUGUUUUGUAGCGUUGUUAUUGGGUAUUGGUACCCAUGUAACAUGUAUACUCAACUGUCACAUUAGGAAGUUAUACAAAGCAAAUUUUAUUAUAUUAACAUAGAUCCUCUAAAAGCAAUUUAAAACACCCAAAACAUACAGCUCUAAACAUACACAAUGUUAAAAUAUGUGGUACUUACAUUAAUGUAAGAAUAUGAACAAACCAAUAAGAUUAAGAACAUUUCUUUACAUGUCUUUGCAGGAGAAAAGAGAAAACUAAUAAUAGUUUCUGUUAUUAUUUUGUUCAUGUUAGCCAGUAAGUAGGACAGAGGAAAUGAGAUUCACUCAUGACCUCUCUGGUUAGUUGUUGAGUCAUUUUUAAGACCUUAGAUAUUUUUUAAAAAAAUCCAUAAAUAAGGCCUCAGCUUAUAAGAUAACCUAAUUUUUAUUCAUUGUCAGUUUUCUGAGGCAAGAAUGGGCUGAAUUCUUAGCUUUCUGCCUCCUGGGAAUCCCUGUGGUCCACUAGGCUCUUAAAUUUACAAAGCAAUAGUGGAUUUCUUAAUAGUUUAGGCAUAGCUAAUCAAUGUUAAAUGUUCCCAAGUAAACACAGUUUCUUAAAAACAAAAGAAGUGCUUUUUUGAAUUAAGCACUGGCUACCUAGUUUGGCCUGCUUCACAACAAUCUUGGCACUUGGUCCGCUGUCUAUUUGUCGACCUCUUUUCCAUACUCCUGCUCUAAAAUCUAGAUGUAUUUUAAAAUCAAAAUCACUUGUGGGUGGAUGGAACUAGUGCAACAUUUUCCCUCAUUAUGAACACAAGGAGGUUGGACACCUUUUUCUACUCUCAUCUCCACACAUUGAGAGAGGCUACUGUUGCAUCUGAUUCACAGAAGACAAGGUGUUUCCUAUUGGACAGAUUCCAGCAUCUCCUACAGUUGCUUGAUGGUAACUUAGUUUUUGUCCAGUAGGUUUUCAUGUGAAGGUUGCUCAAUUAUGUAUUCUCUUUCUUCAGCUCAACUAAUCUAUCCUCAUCAUGAUGAUUUUACUUCCUGUCUUCUGUUACAUACAUUGGCUGUCUCUCAUCUUGCAUUCAAUUUAACUUUCAAAUGUAUGCAUUCUCCCACUUGUUUGUUGUGCAUGUUCCUCUCUUGCUGUCUUGACUCCCCUGAUAACACUGUCCCCUGUAAAUUCAGUGCUACAGUAUUGAUUUCCCCACUGUGCUCUGUUUUUUAUCUUUCUUGUUGCUCCAUUGGAACUCUGCCAUUCUUCCAUUUUUAGUAUUUAAAUGCAGUUAAAGAAAGAAGGGAUGAAGAGGUAUUGUUCAUCCUAUCAUUCUUUAACUGAACUCUCACUUUCUACAAUUCCCAUACAUUGCCCUUCCAUUAUGUCUUCCUGCAGUGGGUGCCCCUGGGUGCAAGUGUGCCUACCAGUACACCCUGUGGUGCCUAUGAAACGUAAAUAUUGCCUCAAAAAACUACAGUGUGUAAGUUUGCUAUUCUUGUUCAGUUCUUGUUUGUACUGAAUCAGCCUCCCCCAUAGUGAACAUGUUCAUACCCACAUUUCAUUGGAUGCCAGGAUUGGACACCCACUCCCCCUGUACUGAACAGAGGAGAGGUGCAAAAACUGAGCAAGUGCGGCGGCUCAUGUAGGUGCUUUUUUAUGGGGUGGGAGCAGGCCCACAGCAUUUUGUGGUCCUGACUCUCCUUUUUUAGACGUAGCAGCCAUUUUGUGUUGAACCACACCCUCAAAGCAGCCAUUUUGUGUUAGGUUAUACACCCAAUCUUUUCGCUGGCAACCUGUGGCACUUUCUUAAAAUUCCAGAUGUGCUCACUGGUCCCAAAAGAUUGGUGACCCUGUCUUACUUUAGGUGUAAGCUUGAGAGUAGGGUAUGUAGCUUUGUUUAUAAAGGUUUAUAUAUGGUUGCUGUAUGUGCAGCAUGCACAUUAUCCCAGCAUUGUUUUAUCUUGUCAUAGCUGGAAAUGGCUCUAAGAGACGUUGUGUAUAACACUCACUUGACAAUUUCUGUCCUGUGGAUUUGUAAUCCAGGAGCAAACGUAAAUUAUCAAGAGCACUGACACAAAGUACCUGUUUCUGGACUGUAUAAUUUCAUACUGCAGGUGGAGGGUUGCAUGUUUUCUAUGUCCUGUCCCCUGAUCACACAUUGAGAAAUCUCAGUGUGCAUAACAAGCUAGUAUGACAAGAGAGAACGCUUGCCUAGAGCCCUCCUUGACAUAGUUCUGUAUGUACAGGGAGUACUUUAUAUGAAGCAACAUACAAAACGUGUAGCCUGUUUCCUGAAGCCUGAAAUAGAACCAAGUAAAGGGGUCAGCCUAGAUGAGUGCUCUAAUAGUCUGAUUCUGCUGUAAUUGAUGCAGGAAAAAUGUCAGAUAAGGAAAAUGCAAAGUGAUAGGGAAGAGUUAAUGUAGAAUAGAUGAGCCUGGAGUGAGCAAGAAAGACUCUGUUCUCCCCACCCCCCAAAAAAAUUCUUUGUAGGGAAUUGUAUAGUGAAUGUGACCAUCUCUUCCUGCUCUUAGUUAAAUAACAUUUGCUCACUCAUCAGUGUAGAAGUGGAGAUUCUGAAGACAAUAGCAUCUUUGAGGCCUUUUUGCUCAUGAGUAUUUUUAGUCUCAGGGCCUUUUUAGUUGUAACUAUGAGGAGAUAAUGUCUAAUUUUUAAGAACAGGGUUGUGUUGCUCAUUCAGCUCUCACUUUUUUUAAACAAAACAGCGUUUCGGUUUUACUAACCUAUGUGAAGAAUUUAUCUAGGUUUCUUUUUAAAACUCAUUUCUAGUGGAAAUGAUAAAAAAAAGGCUUUUGAAGUAUAGAGUGCAGAUUUUUGGCAUGGAAAAUGGGAUUAAAUAUCCUUAGGCUUUAUGAAAAGUGCAGUCAUUCCUUGAGAAAUUGCUCCAAGCUGUCAGGCUCUGGGCUUUUGGGGUUCACAAUGAACUUUGCUUGUCAUGAUCUCAUAACGUGCAAUUUACAUUUUCUCCCCCUCCAUUGCCGUCUGAUUAUUAAUUUUGGUUAUGCACUCUUAUUGAAACUUAACAGUCUGCUGCAAACAUCUGUCUACUUGAUCUUAUACAUUAGUGCAAAUUCAUUUUUCUCCUUUGAAGAAAAUCUGUAGCCGUUUCCAUUUCUAAACACACUCCAUUAACUUUUUAGAUGCUUCAGCUUAACAUGAUAUCUUGACUGUUUUGUCUUUUUAUGUACUUCAUGGUAUCCUCAUUGUGCUAGCAGAAGUGUUUGAGGUUUUUCUUCUAGUAGUUAUAGAAUAAAACUCUAUUCACUGCCUGUCUUUUUCAGCCACUUAAUCUGCUGCUGCUGCUACUUUCUUUUGUGGACUUCUCGGUUCCAGUUACUGGGUUAUAAAAAAAAUCUUCUCCAGGAUUGCAGAAUUCUCCUUUCAAACUUCCGUUUUCCAGGUGUGAUGUCACUUCCUCCUCCAUAAUUAUAGUGCUACCCAGUUAGAUUUUAAAAGAAAAAAGAAAAGCACAAUGCUUCCGUACCCAUUUAAGUGUCUCUUGUGCCUGGCUGCCAUGCUGUUAACUGCUCAUGUUAAAGCAUCUGUAAUUUUUGGUUAUAGGAGCUAUAGUAAUGAAUUCUGAUUUCCAUUUCCAUUAGAAAUGUUUUCAGAAUUGAUUAUGCAUCCUUUAAUAUUUGAUAUUCAGUAAAUCCAGAAUUUCAACAUAUAAUUCAUUCAGUGUUACUUAUGACAAUUCAGUCUUGUAUUAGCUACUCACCUGGUCACUGUUGGCAGCUAGGAAUUCCCUCCAGGUGUGUGAGUGGGCUUCCUAAGGAGAACUGGUGUGCUUUGUUUCUCCUUCACCAGCCCUUGUAGCUUGCAAUUUUCCUUUAAAAAACCCCCACACAAAACAGUCUGCUUUUUGCUAAUAAGAGGAACUCCUUUGUAUAAGUAAAAAGCAGGCUAGUUGCUUUGGGUGGGGAGCUAAAAACUAAGUGAUAACAUUGUACAUCAGAAAAAUGCAGCUAUGAGGAAAAGUAGAACCAUCUUUUGAAAAUUAAAAUAUGAAGGGGCCUCUAAAGCAGUGAGCAUUUUUAAGUGGCAUUUUAUUAAAUUUAGUUUAUUUUCUCGUAGCAAAGCUCAGGGUAUUCCAUUCCUUCUAAUCUGAGAAGAAGGUUUAACAAUUCUCUUGAUUUCCUUCAUUAGCUGUUGCUCUGAGGGUAAAGCGUAGAAGACAAAAUGACCUGCUAGUUAAUAAAAACUUGAUGUCAAAGCAUAGUCGCUAUAUUUUUUAAAGUUUCAUAAAAAAAAUUUCACGUUUUAGUUUCCUCAUCCCACUUUGUCAAUAUUUUUACACUAAUCCUGUUUAAAAUUACGACUACCUGCGGAUUUUAAAAAUACUUAAAUCUGUUAUUAAACUUUGAAAAAUGCCCUUGCGCCAGUAAUUCUUUAAUAGACAAAGAAUAACCUCUAUUUCUGAAGGCAAAAAUCAUACAAGUUUCAGUCAGGUGAAUCCUUUCCAAAUGAGGUAAAAUGGUUCUGUGGAUGGGGCUCCAGGUGGUGGGAUUCGGAAGUACACAGAUAGUAGCUGGGCUUUGUAGCCAUUUUGUAUUUUUAGUAGCCAGCAAGAAUAUUUAAAUAUGCCUCUCUGCAUAUGCAGAGCAUCUUUCUCCUACAGAACAACUGGCCUAUCACAGAAUUAAGAAACAGGAUUUAAAGGGCAGGUGGCAUUGCCAUAGCUGUCAAGUGUUCCCUUUUUUAAAGGGAAAUUCCCUUAUUCCGAAUAGGAUUCCUCGCAAGAAAAGGGAAAAGUUGACAGCUAUGCUCCUCACACACAGGCCCUACCACUCCCAGGAAUCCAACACUCUUGAAUAUACUUGCCAGCAUAGUAUAUUCAGAAAGCACAGUUCCUCUUUUAAAUUAAAAUAAAUAUCUACUACAGUGUUGUGCCCCUACUUCUAUUCACCCACACCUGUCUGCUUAAGAUUCUUGCUGGUUGGAGGCCAUUUUCAAUACUGAGGUGAGGUCCAGUGAGUGGAAUCUUUCCCACGACAAAAGGAAGUUGACUCCAGGGUUUUCCUCGUUCCGUCCAGCAGUUUUGUUCACAAGCUCAAUACGAGCCCUUUCCAAUUUCUAAAUUUAGUUUCUCAGUGGAUUCACAUCCGUGGUUCUGGACCGAAUGCGGAUUGUCUCUUGCUUUAGGCACACUGCCAUUUUGUUUUUUCAAUUGGCUACAUGUUCAAAUACUUGGGGCUUUAGUUUACAUUUUCUGGAUGCUAGUUUUUACUCUUAAACAUUUGCUCUGGGAGGGAGACGGGGAGCUGGCUUCAAGGUUUACACAAGGGCAGCCCAGUCGCUACUGUGCCGAUCUGGCUUUUGCUCAAUGGGUAUUACAGCCUGUGAGGUGAGCAAGGAUGGGAAGAGAUAAGGAUUCUGCUGAGAUGGCGAGACCAGGCCUAAUGAGGGAGAAUGAAGCAAGACAAAGGCAGGGAACCCUUUGGCAGAUUUUAUUUAUUUUAAAGUAAUAUUUGUAUAUUCCUUUUCAACAAUAGUGGUUCUCACUGUUUGUAUAAUAAAAGCAUGUUUAUAAUCUUGUGCACAGUAGGAGAUCUUACAUACCAGAUGCCGCCAAUGAUUUGGUGUUGUUUUUUUUUAAAAAAGUAUUCAUGCUUCCAGCAUGGUGGCAUCAAUGAGAAUGGGGUGUGGAGAACUACUGUUCUCAGUUUGGGUUUCCUUAGUCCACCAGGAGUUUCUAGAAACCGGUGGCAUCAAUGGCUCUCACCCAUAGAACUGAGGGAAAAGGUGCUCUAACAACAACUUGAGCACCACAGGUUGCUCACUCUUGAGCUAAACUGAAGAUAGUUGAGGAAAUAGUUACUUGCCUGAGGACUCCCACUGAUUUCUUGGCUUCUCAGCUCAAUCUGUUUGAACACAAAGCUACAUCUCUUCUAAUACAUAUAACUAGCUUUGAAGUGGGUUGGUUUUUUUUUUUUUUUACAUUCAAGCAGUAUAUACAUUUUAUUAAAUAAAUCAAUACUGAAGGAGAAAGUUGCCAAAUUUUUAAAAUGUGUCAGUCCUUAUCCUGUUUUAUAGCAACCUUUCAGCAUGGGAAAGGCCAGUAACUGCUUAAGUUUGGAUAUAAUGUACUGUAGCCUUUUCGUAAAUUGCAGGCUUUGCCCAGUUCUGCAUAGAAAGAACUCUAUGUGAGUGGUUUUGAAGCUCUGUCUUCUGUAUGAGGCAAUUUUCAGAUAACCAUCAAAGAUGAAAAUGUUGGGAACUGUAAUUAUUAAUGGCAAAUAGCAUUUUCCUUAGGGUAUUGGCCUCAUGUUGUAGCAGUUGAACAGUUUUUAUAGCUGCGCUAUGCUGUUUAAAAUGCAAUCUUACAGUAGGCCAUUUUCCACAGAGAAUUCCUUUCUUGAGAGUGAAUAGCGGUUGCCUUGCCACCCAGCUUUCUGAAUGGGGUCUACUGUUGCCCUUGCUUUUCAGGUAAUAUUUUGUUCUCAAAUUUCACAUGUCUUCCCUACCCCCACCAAAUUUCAUGCUGGAGAGACUGGAAUUAUAGAUGCUUUAAAACCAGUUUUUGUUUAGCUAAUCUUACUUAUUGAUUUCCUACACCUAAGUGCUGUCAAGUUCAGCGUUCCCAAACUGUUUAGGUUUGUCAACCUUUUUGCAAACAAAAUUUAUGCUGCUGUUUGUGUGAGGCUUCAAGUUAAACUUCUGAAAUAAGCACUAUUCAGACGUACUGAUUUGCUGCUCCCCCGUCCACCAAAUCAUUUAUCAUGAGGUGAUAUAAAAAGUAUGACUUUUUGCUCUGUAAAAACUGCAAGGCUCACUUUGUAUUUUGGCAAGAAAGAAUGUGCAACCUGUGCAGCGUUGACCAUUGGUUCAUCUUGGCCAAUAUAGUCUAACCUAAGAGGUGGCUAACCUAUGGCCCUUUAGGGCCUUCCAUGGUUUGGCUGAAGAAGCAGUUGCUCAUAUGUAGGCUCCAAAGAGGUCAGGGCUCCAGCGUUAUCAGAAGUGCAGGUCAUGUGGAAGACUACACACAGUAGCUGCUCAUGCAUAGGUCUCCUCAAUGCAGACAUUCAGAUCUAUGUGUUGGUGCACUCCCACUUCCUGGUCACCAUGUGAUGUCUCCGUCGCACAAUUCAAAUGUGAAGAGGGUACUGUCUGCUUUAAUGCAUGGAGUCAUGUACUACAAGGACUUCAGAAACUGAAAAGUGGUGGUGGUAAAGCCAGAGCCCUAUCUACAGCUCAAAAGUGAAGCCCUUAUAGAAGAGGCAGACUAUCCAGACAUUUCUGUUCCUUAACCCUGUUUGAACCCAACGUUUUUCUGAAGCGGUGUAUUGGUAUGCAAGGAGGGGGAGGUUGUUGGUAGUGAGAGGGCAUAAAUUAUAGGCUAGUUAGUAACUUGGAUUUGUGUGACAACCUUCCUAAUCUACAAAUGAGACUUUUAUAUCACUUCCUCUUCUGUUCUGACUCUCCCAGUCUCUUGUAUGUGUUUUCUUUCCAAUAAUCUUGCUGGUUACGUAUAUAUAGUACCUUAGAAUUACAUGUUUGUCUGUAGUGUAUUUUAACUGAAAUUUAACUGAAAUCGGAGCAGGGGCUGAUUAUGGUUAAUAUGUUUUUCUUUGGCUUCAGGAGUGCCCUCUGGUGGUUUUAAAAGACUAUGAUAGCUUUUAAUUUGAGGCAGUUUCCAAGAACACAACCCUGCUAUGAAAAAUAGCCACUUAUACGUCAUCUGGAAGACAAGAUGUUUGAGAUUCAAAUGAAUACUAUGGCAGCUAGAGCAGGGUUGGGGUGGAGCAGCCAUUUGGAUAUAUUUGCAUAAAUUAAGGUCCUAAUAAAAAAAUUAGAAGGUUGUAAAACUUAAUGGAACGAUUAGAAGGUUAUAAAAGUUAACCACCUAACACAGGAGUGUGGGACCUUUUUGGCCCAGCAGGAGAGAUCCUUAUUCUUUCCCACCCCUGUGAAUCAACACACUUGUAAAUCUCUGUUAUCGUUAUGUCACAUGAUUGACAGGUGAGUUACCCCACCUAUCUGUCCAAGUCCGUAGUGCACUGCUUUUGAAGUGCCUUACAGCCAGCUAGUUGUUGGGCACGUUGGAACCACAGCUCAAGGGACUAGGGUAGUCUGAACAUAAGGCUGGCACCCCCGUUUUCUGUAGAGAUUGGCUGAGUGAUCAAGUUUCCUAUGGGGAUCUCAGUCGAACAGCUGAUCCAGCAGCAUCGUCCCUGCUCCACACCUGAUGUACACAUAGCGUUGGAUGUGGAGCAGGUGGGUGUGGUUUGGGGGAAAUGAUACUGUGGUGUGAAUUUGGCUCACAGAUCGAAGGCUCCCUACCUUUGAUCUUACAUGUGAUAUGGUAGAAUGGUUGCCAGUGAGGCUACAAAGUGCAUGGACAUCACUGUUGUAAGUGAUUUUGUGUGAAGCAAAUACUACAUAAUUUGGGCUUUUAAAAAACCAAACUUCUUUUGUGAAAGUUCUUGAAAAUGAAGAGCUUCCUGGGAUACAGCUUCACACUAAUAACUUGCCACUUGGACUAGAGCCCAUGUGGUUUGGGUCUUCUGUGGCAAACAUUGCUAAUCAGCCCCAUUUACUGCCCCAGCUCUCUUGCCUGUGGUUUUUAAUAACCCAAAUAACAUUUCUUGUAGUUCUGUUUGCCUCUGAAAUUACCAGUGCAUCUUGGUGCCAUUUGUGAUCUUUCGCUGCAAUGAAAUACUAUUCUAGUGUUAGGGCACAGAUAACGGUACUGAGGUGUGAUUGCCAACUUCCAGGUAGAUCAGCCAUGAAACCAGGUUUUGAUGGUUUGCAUGUAAUUCUGGCACCAAAGUAAAUCUGCCACGUGAAGCUUCUGCUGCAGGCUUUCUUACAUGAUACAGGCCAUGUUGGUGUUGAGCCUGGAUAAUUCCAUUACAGGCAUCUAAAUAGUGAAGAAGAUACUGGAAAAAGCUGGAUUUAAUCAGGAUUCUGAACUGGUUUAGAAGUUUCCCGGCUUAAUUUCAGCCAGGGUUAACUAUUUUACACAUAAUGGCAGGCCCUAUGGGAACAGGGGGAAUUUAUUUCUGAGGAACAGUGUAAUAGGCCCAGGAGUUUCAGUCAAGAAUAUUUUUGCAAGUUCUGACAUUCCUUGAUAGAUCACAUUCAGAGGUUUAAUAACCAAAGAUGUAAAUGAGGCUUUUGCCUGCUUGAGUCCACAGAUCCAUUGGGGAAGGGCUGUAGCUCAGUGGUAGAACAUCUGCUUUGUGUUCAAAAAGUCCCAGGUUCAAUUCCUGGCAUCUCCAGGUAGGGCUGGGAGAGACUUCCUCUCUGAAAUUUUGCCUGGCACUGCCUGGCAGUAGAAAAAAUACUAAGCUAGGUGGACUAUUGACCCGACUCAGUAUAUGUCGGCUUCCUGUGUUCCUUUGCAUAAGUUUCCUGUUGAACCUGAACUGGGAAACUAUAGUUAUCAAUUUCAGAGCAGGCUGGGAUAUUCAAGCACUGUUUUGAAGUUGGUUUAAUAUCCUGCCUUAUUCCAAAGCUGUUGAUCCAGAUGGGGAAAACUGUGAUUAAAUGGAAAACUCUAGUCAAUACUGUAGUUAAAACUUCCUGUUUCGUUUGCUGCUUGCAUGCAUGAGCAAGAGGCAUAUUCCUAUCUUGGCUUAUUAAGCAGAGAUACAAUCACCCAAACCCUCCCUUUGUACCAAAUUGCAGAAAGGCAGUUGGAGCAGCAUAUCUUAAACCUUUUUUUUCUUUUUUCUUUUGCUAAGCAGCCCUACUAAAGAUGUUUUUGUCUGGUUCCAGGCUUCUGUUAGCUUGACUGAAAGUGAGACGUUGCCUUUUAUGCUGCUUCAUUUCAAAAACACUUGCUAGGCUGCUAUUUGAGCAUCGCUGUUAAAGAUUCCUAAUAAAAUCACUCUUGAGUGGCUGCUGCCUUGUGGGUGUAUCUGUAACAAUCUGUCCAAGACUGAAUGCCAGAAAUGAAGCUGCAGUAUACCCGGUCAGAAUGGUGAUCCAUCUGGCCCCAGAGUGCUUGCACUGGCAACUGUUUUCCAAGGUCUUGGGUAUGGUCCUGCUUCCUAAGCUUCCUAGCUGGAGCUGUUGGACAUUAAACCUGGGCCUUUGACAUGAAAAACAUGUCCUCUGCCACUCAACUAUGGUCCCUCCCCUUGGCCAUAUAGGGCUUCUCUUGAAAUUGCUUCCAUUCACAUAGAGGUGCAGCCGCCUGCAUUCUAAUUGGCACACAUCACUUGACUCUAAUUCUCUCUCCUGUACUAGCUCUUUGUUUCCUGCGCCAAUUCAUAUGCGCAAGCCCAGAUGUGCAAAGCUUUUGAAAUGUAUUGGAUUCAUAAUGAAGAGUAUGAGUCAUUUCUUACGUCGUGUAACAAUCUCUCUAUGAUUAACUCGGAACUCUUACCUCACUCUAUACCAUACAUGUGCAGAAUCCAUGUGGCAGUGAUGCAGAGAAAGGUAUUCCUGGUGACUGCUCAACCAGAUACGGAGUUUUCUUCUGCUGGAGAUUUGCUAAAGCUUUCAGAAGCAUUGAAAUAUGUUUUCAAUUGGUCUAGUUUAUAGUGAUCAGAACUAAGCAGUUGCUGGAGUUUUAAAAGUGUACUGUAUGAUAAGUUAACAAUUAUUGUGUUAUUGCUUGUUUCUCUGUCCUUGCGAUAAAUGAAUUAAACCAAACUUCUUUUGGCAGUCAUGCUGGCUAAAACUGACUUUUCCAGACUCCUCUAUGUCUUAGGAUAUUGGAUGGAAUCCAGCACCGUGCUGCGGUGAAUGUCCCAUCAGCACAGGCAUUGCAGCUUCUCAGAUGGAACAGUUUCCCCUCUCCUCCCCUGUGUGCUGUUCUAGGCAUUCUCCAGACCAACCCAAGCCAAUUUCAGGGGGGAAGAGAGGGGGGAAAACCCCAUUGUGCAAGCAGAAGUCCAAGUGCAGGGCUUGCACUGAUGGAGCUCGUUAGGGGAUUAGUGCCCAUUACUUUUAGGACACUCUUUAAGCAACUAAGACCUCCACUGUUGCCAUGAUGGAAAUGUAAUGUAAACCUAACAUUUUAGCUUUAUCGAGGACUAAAAGACUUAAAUUGCCACCACAAGAUUAGCAUAUUUGUUUAGAAUAAGUUCUCUGCAAUCAGUAGAUUUCCAGGAAAAAGCAUUGAUGAUAUUAGACCAUGGAAACUCACCUGGAACUAUUUGUACGUUUGUUUUAGUAAUAAGCGUACAUCCCACCCUUUUUUUAAAACAACACCCAAAAUAUUUAAAUAAAACACUGUAGUGAAGCACUGUAAUAAAGUACAAAUGCUGAUAAUGAAUGAAUUGAAUACUUUUAAUUAAACAAAUUUGUUGCAUAGUUCAAAGAAAUUUGUUUUAUGGCAUGUAGAGCAUGAUAAAUUCUUUAAAACCUUCCUUGUAAUAAAAGUGUUGUUGUGUUGGGAAUAACAUGAAUAUGGCAAGUUAUUUUUUAGGCUGCAAUCCUAUGCAUAUGUACUCAGGAGUAAGCUCAACUGAUUAAAGUGAAGCUCGCUUAUAUUAUUAUUAUUAUUAUUAUUAUUAUUAUUAUUAUUACUAUUAUUACUUUCAUUAUUUAUUCGAUUUUUAUACCACCUUCCAUCAAAAUAUCUCCGGGCUGUUCACAUAGGAUGCCUGUAUGGAAGUGAAGGAAGCUUUUUAAAUGAAUGUUGAAAUCAAUCUUUUAAAGUAUAUUUUUGUGGAAGUUGUGCAAAUAAAAGCCAGAGACUUUACCAACUUUGAACUAAUGUAUAUGUUGUAGUAAGCAUAAGAAGUUCAGUGAAUGCCGAUGUUUAUUGGUAAUCCUUAAAGUCUUUUGAGGUCCGUAGGAAAUAGUAAACGCACUUCUCCACUGUCUCGCCGAGACAGAUGCAUGCCAACAAUCAAAGAAUCUUAAGGCAAACUGAGUGCUUUUUUCUGACAGUGACCAAAUUUCAUCCUCCUUUCUCUCCCAUUACUGGCAAAUAUUUGAACAAUUUCCCACAAAACUUACUCUGGACAUUAUCAAUGAAUUAUUGAAACAAGAAUGUCUUUGGUCAAAGACACUUGGUUGGCUUUAAAAUAUUUCCACUAAUGUCAGAAUUGUCUGAAAUAUUCUACUGGCUCCCUAAAAUGUUAAGAACUCCUAGUAAAUGUCAGAGGUUCAUAGUUUGACAUUUACCUUAAUACACACUUGUCCAAGGGUGCAUUGAUUUAAAUCGGAUUUCUUGUUGUGAAAUUAAUAUAUUUCCUGGGCAAGCAUGCAUGCUAUCUGAUUGCUACAAUAAUUAAUGUGUUCGUUUGCAAUUCAGUAUAAUCCAAAAUCUUUUACCAUGUAGUCUGCAUCAAUUGCAGAAUUGGAACUGCUUUGAGAAAAGCAGCUUAGCCCUCUUUGUAUGUGCUCAAGGAAGCAAAGGAAGAACACUUGUCUGCAGCUGAAAUUGUAUGCACAGUUAUUUGUAAUAAAGUUUCUUUGAACAACAAUACUUCCUAGUAAAUAGGCGUAGGACUGAGUUGUAAGUGUCUGGAACUUUCCAGAAGCAAGGCUGGUCGGUAGUACACAAAAAAACCCAUGUUUCCAUGAGAUCAUGGAAACCAUUCUGUUGGUUACAGUGCCAUAAUUUGAAAAGUAAUACAUUGCAAAGUUCAUGUAGCAAAACAUUUGCACAAGGUCACCCAUGUGGGCUGUUGGAAUGCUGGGUAAAAUGUGGACUAGCAUCUCCUAGCUUCCAGCACCUAUGAUGGCCUGCUAAACUCUUGUUAGGCCAUAAGAACAAAUAAUAAUUAAAUAGUUCAUUGUGCCAUUUUCUCAACUUCAGAAGUUAGACAUUUGUCCCUGUAAUUUUUGCUUUAUUAGAAAAAUAGCCUAUUUAAGAUGUAUUUGCUAUCAGGCCACAAUUCAUUUUAAAGAGACAAGUAGAUUUUAACAUGCUUUGUAUUUAGAUUUCAUUUUAAACCAGGUUAUUUUAGGAAAGACACCACAUAAUUAGAAUUGUAAAAUCAGUUUAAAAUCGUUUACCUUUAUCCACUUUGCAAACUCCUCCCAAAUUACUCUUCCCAUGUUUCCAUUUAAUUAUACAUUUCUUCUUCCUACUUGUUGCCAUUAGCUUGAAAACCUGGCUUCCACUUGAUUAUGCUCACACAUCCCUUAUGGAAAUGCUUCAGUGGCUGCCACUUAAUUACUAAAGAAAUUGCUGCAUAUUUAGAUGUAGGCAUCUCAUUUGCUGAACAGACAUGUAAUAACAAUUCAUAUUUAGAGUAUUUUUUUGAGAUCCUUCUUUCUAUUAAAAGUCUCCUCAGAAAUUGGUCACUAUCUGAGAUAUACAAGCUUUUAAAUUCUGUUUGUGUUGGUAGAAUUACUCGUUAACAUAUUUUACAGUGGAAUUUUAGUUGGUCUGCUUACUAGCUACAAAACUGAGCUAUGUUAGGGAGCUGCUGUGGCAUUUUAACAUGUGUUUGUGUUUCUAGGUACGAGCACACCAGUUAGUUUUACCACCCUGUGAUGUAGUGAUCAAAGCUGUAGCUGACUAUGUCCGCAAUAUUCAGGACACUUCUGAUUUGGAUGCCAUAGCUAAAGAUGUCUUUCAACAUUCACAGGUAAGGAAGGAACAAAGAUCAUAGGUGUAGACUCAUUUUAAAGUACAAUUGUACAAAUAGUCAACUUCUACUGUGUGUGUACUCAUGUGCACAUGCCUUCCUAUCACUAUUCUCUCUUAUCAUUGUCAUGUCCAAGGAUGUGUAACUUGGGUUUGCUUUUUUGGGUUCUGUAAAUUUCCAUAAUACCGGGUACAGCUUUAUGGCAAUGUUAACACCAAAGACUUUUAGUAACACAAGCGUGGCUACUAACAUUUCAGUUUUGGUUGUGGUUGCAUUAUAGGCCUGACCCUAAGAGUGUUGUUGUGACCAUGCUAGCUGAAUAGUACUAAUCAUCGGGGUGGUUAAGAGGGAUGGAGGGGGAAAAACAACAGAUAGGAAUCUCACUAGACUCCCUGUACUGCUUAUCAGAAAAUCCUGCAUUUGAGAUAAUUAAACGCAGAUUGUUAGACAACGAAUUUCAAGAACUUAGUAGUAAAAUCAGGAACAGCUUCUGUGCAAGUCUAGGGAUGGUGCGAUGUGAGGAGCCAGUGGCUACUUAUCUCCCAUUGGACCAACCUGAAUCAACACAGGGCAUACAUGCUAGCGAGACUGAAUGUGCCACUUUCGGCAACACUGUAGGGAGAUUCCACAAAAUAACACUCGCAGAGAGACCAUGCCCCUGAGGACAGAGUCAUAUAAAAUCAGUUGUGCAUGUUCUUUUGCACUGCACAUGCAUCAGUUGUGCACUGAUUUUUUGUUAGCAGGGAGUGGCAUUCAGAUGAAUGUAAGUUAGCGUUAUGUUUACUCAGGAUAGGGAUAAGAUGGAGAUAGUAGUCAGGUUUCUGCAACAUACAGUGAAGAUUUGUGAAUGUUAUACAACCUUAAUUUAAUAGUUAGAUGUAAAUUUUGCUGAACGAUUUUAUUGUACUGAAUCUUACUGGAAUCUAUAUGCCCAUAAAGGUUUGAGAAAUGAGAAUACUAGUUCGUGUGUGUGUGUGUGUGUAAUUUUAAUAAAGCUUUUAAUAUGUCUUUUAGUCUAGAACGGAUGACAAGGUUAAACGAUUUAAGAGAGCAGUUGCAUAUUAUUCAGCAACCAAUAAGCCUAUGCCAUUUCAUCCACCGCAUUACCUAGGUAAGUGUUGAAACUUACUUUGAGUUGAGUAUGAUACUGAGAAUUUGGUUAAACAGUAGGAGAUGACCUACACCAGGGAGGAGAUGGGAGACAAUAGAGAAAUCGUACAACAUUUAUCCUAUUAAAUCAGUCAGAUUUCACUUUGAUAUCCUGGAUCAGUAGGCAAUCUGACCCAGCUGUGGUACCUAGCAGGCACUCUUGUGUCUGCUCUAAGUGUUCCACUCGCUGCUGUCAGAGAAGUUCUGGUCAGUUGAAAUUGAUGUUACUUAUUGGCAGAUUAGCUUGUGCACAAGCAGAUGUUGGCUUCUCUGCUGUGGUUAGUCACAAGCUCUGGCUUGGACAUAACAUUAAGCCAGCUAGUCUGUGGUUUGCGUCCCCACUGGGGGAGCAGAGUGUGAGUGCUCAAGUCAGUGUUGCACCCAGACAUGGUCAUUGUCUGCUGUGGACCUUUUCUCUGUGAUUUCAUGCCUCUGACCCAGAGCUUUCCAGACUUUUCAUGUUGGUGGCACACUUUUUAGACAUGGAUCAUUUUGCGAUGCAGUAAUCCAGUUUUACUAGCAAACUAACCCUGGGAGGAGUUCAGGGAGCGUUUGUGUGACACACCUACACACAGCAGCCGACACACUAAAGUGUCACGAUACACAGUUUGGAAAGCUCUGCUCUGACAGCUUCUUUGCCACGUACAUGGCAAUACUUGAUGCAGAUUUAGAAAGGCAGCCGGUUAAAAGGGGGAUUCCUGGGUGAGGUUAUUGCUUGCUUUUCUCCUCCAGGAUAGCAUCCUAUUUUGAAAUGUUCUUGUGUGUAAGAGAGUGUGCGCAUAUGUGCCAGUGUGUCUCUUUGUGCAGAAAUUCCUUUGAGCAAAGUGAAUUUUGCUUCAGAAACAAGAUCUAAAGAGCUUACAACUAACUUUAUCCUGGAUAAGUAUUACAUCAGAUUAUUAUACACAAAUACUGAGACUAGUCUUAACUAUUUCUGAAAAUGUUAGUGGUGUGCACCAACUACAAUAUUCAGUUUGGCCCCUGAUUUGGGAAACAGCCCAUUUCUGUCCAAGGGUGCACAGUUCAGCUUUGGGUUCAUUCAAUCUGCUCACCACCCAGAUAGCUAUUGGAAAGGCAAAAAAAAAAAAAAAAAAAAAAAAGGCUAUAUAAACUUUUUUCCUUUUUGGUGGAAGUGAAUGAAAUUUGCAGGUACACUAGCCCCUCCUGAGUAAAAGAGCAUGCCAAAUUUCAGAAAAAUAAAUCCACGGGCUUUUGUGCUGGAUAUCUUUCCACAUUGAUUUUGGGGUAAGAAAAACUAAAAGGGGCUUGCUUUCUAGGUAAAAACAUUUUCUUUGAUUCCAGCUUGACCCGUCAUUCCACUCAGGUUUCAUGAUAAGCUUAGAGAUACUAUUUUUGUAUUCAGCAGACACACAUCCUGUAGGGUUUUUUAAAAUGCCUUUUUUGAUGAGCUACCGUGAUGCAUUUCCAGGGAUCCCCACUUCACCCUUGGUGUCUCGUACAAAUCCUGCUUUCCCACUGCCAAGGCAUUCCUCUAUGCUUUGGAAUUUGUCUGAAUACAGUGUACAGCCCUAUUAAAUAAAGAGGUAGAAGAGCACUGUGGUCAUUUGUCAUAACUAACUGUUCUAGUCUACACAUGUAACCAUAUGGAAAUCUAAAACUAGAAUUUUUAAUAAAGGUAACAUUUGUUGCAUUAGUGAAAUAGUUUUUAAAAUAGAAAAUGCUUGGAACUGGGGCAAAACACCAUCUGGAUAAAUGUCAGUUCCCCAUCUGUGGGUUUUGUCUGUUCUGAAGUGAUGUCACCUCACCUCAGUUUGCUGUGGAAAUCACAGUAAUUUGGGCUUGAUCACACAGAAUAGUGAGUUCUGCAAGACUUGCCUUUUUACGCCAAGACAGCCACACAAUAACCUAUCUAUUCUGAGAUAAGCUAUCUUGUCAAAAUGGUACAGAUUUGAGUUAGUUUUACUUUUCUAUCUCCCAGGUUGAUGGGUAACAUAUAUAAAUCAGUUCUCUCUCUUCUGGAGAAAUCCUACAUAACAAGUCUUCAUUAGACUAAUUGAAAGCAGAUAUAUUAAUGGCUGUAAAGUGUUGUUUGAACUUGGUUUUCUCUUACAUGAUGUAUCCAUCUUCAUGUGCCUGACUCUCUUCAAGUCUUGAAUUCUGACCGACAGAGAGAAAUGUGUUACCAAUCAAAAAGACUUCUUAAUAACUCGUUGCUGAGAGAGUAUCCUGGUUAAAGUGAGAAAAGACUUCAAAGACUUCAUAUUUGUUCUUCUGUUCUUGCGUGUUGCGCAUGAACUGAGGAUAUUAAAAACAAACCACUUCAGAACUGGAUGCAGAAUUAAAAUUGCUACACUUCCUGUUCUGUGGGGAUAUAGAAAGUAAACAAUGGAUACUAAAAUGGUGGGAGUGACUGUAACAUAAACAGAACAGGAACAGAUAGUGGAAAGAAAAAAUAAAUGAUCAGACUAGGAGGAAGUGAAUGUGUCUCCUGAGAGAGGCAGAAAAUGAAACAAAACUGACAGUCAGUGUGUGUUGAAGUAACCUGUACUAUAGGAAAUGAGGUCAAAGCUUUAAAGAACAAAAGCCUAAUAUCAGGCAUUUGUUCUUACAUGAUUACUUUUUCCUAUUGAGGAUUCACCUAAAAUGCAACUCUGGCCAGGCUGUGCAUGAGACUGAAUUUGUUUUGAUUUUUCCUGUACUAGCCAGACCAAAUCAAUUUGGAAUGCCGGGUAUAGUGCCACCGUAUGUCUCUGCUCAGAUGCUUAACAUUCCACAGACCCCUCUCCAAGCAAAACAUGUGGCAAGUAUACUCUGCUUUUUCCUCUUUCUCCCCACCAGCACCCUUCAAUUGUUUUUGAGAAAUGUGUGUUGCGCAUAUAUAGAGUAUGAGCAGUUUGCUCUGAUUUAUGAAGAAGCAGCUAUAAUUUAUAAUAUACUUCCCCCCCCCUUUAGGCCCAGCAUAUGUCUAGUCAAGGUAAUACCCAAGGUCAGGGUCCAUAUCCCUAUAGCCUCUCGGAACCAGCCAUCACCUUGGAUGCAGGUGGGAAAAAUAUUUCUGAGCAGAACAACUACAGCAACAUUCCUCAUGAAGGAAAACAUACACCACUAUAUGAACGAUCCUCUCCAAUAAACCCAGCUCAGAGUGGGAGCCCCAAUCAUGUGGAUUCAACAUACUUUCCUGCCUCUUCUACAUCAUCAUCUUCAGACAAUGAUGAAGGCAGUGGCAGCGCUGUGAAGUAAGUACAUCAUGUGUUUCUAGCAAGAAAGUUGCUAGUAGCGUCUUUGAAUUUACUGUCACAGAGAAAUGUUCCUGCACCUGCUGUUGUUUCUAUAUUCAGUUCAUGUGAUCUACUUAAUUGUAAUGUAUUUUGUCUUUGUUUUGUUAACGCUGGUGGCACAGAAAUGUUUUCAGAUAAAUGAGGAAAAUUUAAAAAGUAAACUAAUCUUGUAUCAGCCAAGAUGUAGAGGUUAUUAAAUUUUUGCUAUAACAAUGUUUAUUAGUUGUGUGUAUGAUGUGCAGGGUAGGAAGUGUAUAAGCUUAUACCAGACAAUGUUAAGUGUUGGAUCCUUUAAAAUGAUUGAUUUGUGAAAUAGGUAGAGAGCAGAGGCAACAGUAUUUGGCUUCCCAAUUUCCCCUGGUUGGCUAAAGAGAGUGAAGACUUAUUUCAGAAAUUAGUUUAUAUCAGUUAGAAGGUUAGUAGCCCAAUUUUCACUGGUAUGUGCAUGUGCCUAUGUUAGCCAUUUUUCACCUAAGGGGGGGGGGGAGCUCUUUUGAAUAUACAGUCAUACCUUGGGUUAAAUAUGCUUCAGGUUGAGCGUUUCAGGUUACGCUCUGCGGCGACCCGGAAGUAACGAAACGUGUUACUUCCAGGUUUCUCUGCUUGCGCAUGCGCAGACGCUCAAAAUGAUGUCAUGCGCAGAAGCGGCAAGGCGCGACCCACAGACACGCAGUCGCGUGUUACAUUCUACUCAGGAUACGAACGGGGCUCCGAAACGGAUCCCGUUCACAUCCAGAGGUACCACUGUAUAUAAAACUUCAUUGCCUGAUCACCUGGAGACUACUCUUACUUGCCAUAGGCCAUCAGGUAAGUGGCUGUUCACCUGUCAACUUUACACAACUUAGGGUGCAAGUAUCACCCCUAACAACGAACUUAUGCAACAAUCUUAUUUUUGUUCCAUCCUUUUAAUAAAUUCCCACGGAUACUUCUAGAAAUCCAAGAUGAAAUAAUAUGAUAUAAUUAAAACAUACAACAAGUACACUAAAAGCAGCAGUUUUAAAAGAACAGCUGCACUUAAGCCAAAUUAAAAUGCCUGGGGAAACAGAAAAGCUCUUUGUGUAGCACUUGACAUUAGUGUUAAGCACCAGAUGAGACGUCCUGGAGAAAGUAUUUUGGCACCACAGGCUCUCUUCCAGGUGGAAGCGAACUUAGAAAAGGACCUUUGCUGAAAACCUUAGCACAUGGGCAGUUUCAUGUGGAGAUACAUGAUAUCACUGGUGCCCUCGACUCAAACCAUGAAGGUGUGCUAAAGGUCAAAAACACUUUGAAUUGAGCCUGGGAACAAACUCUGCAAAUACAAAGGGUUGUGUUUAUCUUGAUACUAUUUAACAGUACCUUUGAAUUAUAAUUCUGAAAAUAAAAAUAGUGUGGCAUUCUUUCCUCUCCAGUCAUGUUGGUGGGAACAAAUUGCGCUGGGAGAAAACAGGAACCCAGUCAGAAAAUCAAGGACGUGGGGAUCCAGGAGACCAAACAAAGGUACAGUCCUUCUUAGCACUAUAGUCUGUGUUGAUUAGACUUUAUAUGUACAGCUGAAUCCUGUGAUUUUUCUAAAAAUAAUAAAACUGCUUUUGUAAAGUGAAAUUUGAAAAGUUCUUGACACCUGAAGGGCAAUGAGCUCUGUGCAUGCAUGCAUAUGACUUUUAACUUCAUUUGCAAGUAUAUUCAAAUUUUACUUUCAAAAUUUAUCUUAGAGAUGCUUGAUAUUUAGUUGCAAAGCUUCCACGUUUAAAGCUAAAGGAAGAUGUUCCUGUUAUAGAUUACUUUUUAUGUAUAUUACAGGCAGAAGGUUCCUCUACUGUUUCUUCAGGAAACCAGGCAGCUGAAGUUAAAGGGAACCAAGUCAAUAGUGCACAAAUCCCAUGUCUGUUGUCAAUGCCCACCAGGAACCACAUGGAUAUUACCACUCCUCCAUUACCACCUGUAGCACCAGAAGUAUUAAGAGUGGCAGAGCACAGACACAAAAAGGGGUUAAUGUAUCCCUACAUCUUUCAUGUUCUAACCAAGGUAAGGUUUUCGGAGUUUUAAGUAGCACCAUAAUCCUAAAAGGAUUGGUGAACGCUUGCUGUUGUCCCUUGCUUUUAAUUAAUUAGUGCAAACAUAGCUGAAGCCCUGGUGCUUCUAAAGCUUUCCUUUCCUGGGGUUUCUAAAAAUGUUUAGAACUCCCCCCUCUCCCUUUGAAAUGCCAUACCAACCAUCUCUUUGGAUCAGGGGAGAUGUGAAGAUUCUUGUAUGCACUGGAAUGCCUUCUGCUGUUGCACUCCCAAGAUUCUGUAGCCUGUAUAUGUUAAAAUAAUUUAAUAGCAUUUCUGACUUCUUGCCCCAUCAACCUAUUCAUGUCUGGCAACAGAGCCUGCUGGGCUUGACCCAAAUGACAUAAACAGGGUACUUCCACAGAAGUGGAAGAGACCCUGUUUCCCCUAAUGCUGUUGAGAAAAACAGGACCAUUCUUUUCUUCACAAUUUACAAGUUAUUCAUCAGUGGGUCCUGAUGUCCACAAUUUUUAGGACCUUGAUCUCAGUGUGCUUCUGUGGUGACUGGCUUGCACCAACAUCAAGAAGUCCUCCAGGCAACUGCCCUCAGGCUGAACACUGGAUAAAAAAUGAAUCAGUUAAUCAACCAAUGAGAUUUUAGGUCUUGAAUUAUUUUUAUUACGAAAAACGUAUUCAAGACUUUAACGCAGAGUGGUUUCUUUAUAUUGUGCAUUUUAUCAUAGCUAAUAGGUGCUGAGAGCUAGACUACUACUACUAAUGCUGGAAUCUGCAAGAGUUUGUAUGCUACUAAUCAUUUUGUUCAUGUACAGGGUGAAAUUAAAAUUGCAGUUUCUAUUGAAGAUGAAGCAAACAAAGACCUGCCUCCUGCUGCUCUUCUUUAUAGGCCAGUUCGUCAGUAUGUUUACGGUGUCCUGUUCAGUUUGGCAGAAAGCAGGAAAAAAACUGAGAGGCUUGCCUUUAGAAAGAACAGACUUCCUCCAGAAUGUAUGUAUCUGCCUUCUACUAUUAUUGCUGGCUGAGCUCAGACAUCAUACCAAACUAUAGUUUGCACCAGCCAUGUUUUAGAGUGUCAUUUGAGCCAAACGUAUAGGCAUCUAUGUUUUAGAGCUACUGGACUGCUUUCAUUUUUCAUCUGUUCAGCCCUCCUAUGUUAUCUAUUUAUUUUAUUGAAACAGGAUUUAUAUACCGCUUCAUCAUCUAUAACCUCAAAGCAGUUUACAUAUUCCACAUGGGCAACAGACGUCCACUUGCACAAUGGAACUUCCCCCCUUCCUCCUCACCCUUGUCACCUGCUGUGCACCCUCAAAAUCUGCUCCAGAGCCUCAGGAGUAGAUUUGGGUUGGAGGAGUCAUGGGGAUUGAAGAGGAAGAAGUCCUGUUGUGCAAGCAGAAAUCCAUUCCCAUAGUGUUGGAUACAACCAAUAAAAUGCAAUUAAAAGAUUCUGGAGGAGAAACAAUGGCCACAGCUAUGGUUUAUCAGUUCAGACAUCACUGUCAUUGUCAGUAUAGCUGUAGUUUCUGAUUAAUGGAUUUCUGACUGAUUAAAAAAUGGGUUUGUUAAUUCAGAUAGCAUCCAAAAUUAGUUAAGCUUGGUAUAAUGUUUGAACAGAGUCAGCAUUUCCUUAUAAAGCUUUAUAUACCACUUUUCUACUACAGUCUAAACAGCAGUUCUUUGAAUUUUGCUACAAACACAAAUCUUAAAACUUACUAAUGCAGUUGUAAAACAGUAGCAGCAAAAGACAACAUGAUCUGUAGCUGAAAUACAAUAUUUCAUUCUUCCCCGACCUUGUUGGAGGAAAAUGUAUAUAUAAUCAUAGCACAUUAUGAAUUCAAUUUUGAAGUGACUUCUGGGUUACUUUAAAAAGUGAGUGUGUUGGAGGAUUGAACUAAGUGCAUUGUUAGGUUGUAUUUUGUGUAAAAUAGGCCUCUAUCCUGAAUGUUGACACAAGCAAUAACCUUGACAGGACAGCACCAAACAUGGGUUUUUUCUUGCAGAUAUGUCAAAAUCUAUAAAACUACUAGAAAUAUAAUGAGUUAAGUCUCAAUAAUCCUGUCUGUUGGCAUCAGGCAGGCAUCUUUGGAUUAUUCUUUUUGGUGCCUGCUUAACAUAUUUUUGUUUAGGCAACCCUAUCCAGACAUGUAGAAGUUACAUGUGCUCUGGGUUUUUUUAGCCAUUACUGAUUUUAAUCACCUUUUGAAUGUUUUAAAACAUUUGUUUUUAACUUUUUAUAGAGAAUAUUUUAUUUUAUAUUUUUGUAAAUCGCUUUGAGGUUUUCGUACAAUAAAGCAGUAUAUACCUUUUGUUAAAUAAAACAAAAUAGGAACUACAGAACCGUCUAACUUGUGAAAUGAAAUCUUUUCUGAACCCAGUAUUUCUGUUAACGUUUAGUAUCUUGUAUUCAGCAUAGCUGGACAAGAAGAGCUUGAAUAUGUACCGUGCAUAAAUGUCCACCUAUUGGACACAAUUCACUGGAAAUAUGUCCUGCACAAGGUCCUCUGAAAUUAAUUCUUCUGAUACAACUCAGACCAAAUUCACACCAGAGUGGCAUGGGAUCUUUUGCCAUUGCCUGUGCUGAGUGGGAAGGAACCAUACCAUUUGAGAUGAAAACACUGUUCUGGAAACCUGGCAGGGGACAAGCGGGCAGAAGGGGUAAGCACCCCAUCUCUUGCCCCCCACUCCUCAUCUGCACGUGGUCCCUCCAAUGCUGCUUUGCAGAGGGCAAACAGUGGCCUGGGUUUCCAAGUGUGAGUAGGCUACAGAAUGUGUAGUUCUGGCCUUAGUCUGGCUUUCAGAAAACAGCUUUUCUGAUAUUCCCCAGAAGGCAGAGGUAAGAUUUCUGUCUUCUGCAUUUCAAUCUCAAUAUUGGUUUGCAGUUUUAAAGAGCGUAACAAGAUGGCAGUAGUGCUUGGCAUACUCUACAAGUCCUACAAAAGCAUCAAGCCUGAAGGGAGAAGCAGAAUCUUACGGAAUGCAGAAAUGACCAUGCACCAAUAUUAUUUAACCAAGCUUCACCUUUGUUUUUGGCCUUUGCAAAUCUCCAUUAAGAAAAUACAUACAAGCAAACCCACCCACCCCCAUUUACAUACGUUCAGUAUGUGCACAGCUGUGCAUACACACACACAUCGGAAGUGACCCGAAAAGUCACAAAAAGGGGCAGAACAGGGUAUUUGCAGGUUUUUUCAAUGGGGUUUCAAAUAUACGCAAUUUCACUGACACAUGCGAUGUCUCGAAACGUAACCCCCGUGUAAAUGAGGGGGUUGUCUGAGCUGACUUGGAUGCUGUAGGUUAGUUUUCUGUUCAAACAAGGGGUGAUAACAGUUCGCACCAACUCACCCUCUACCUGUUGCCCCCUGUACCAUAUCCCAUACUUUUUUCUAGUAUCCCCUUUCUUCCAGAAGCAGAUUUAGAGGAAAUGGACAGGAAAGCUGUAUUCUGUUCACAAAUGGAAAGUUAGAAUUCAGGCCAACAUACAAUAACUUCCAAGAUCAGGUAAAAUCAGAGCUGGAAAGAGCCAAGUCUUGUCUCUCAAUACAUUUGACUCGUCCAAUGGCAUAGCCAGCCACCAACCUGCAAUUUCAACUUAGGUGUUAAUGCAUUUCAUAGAAAUCUGGGAGAUAUAAAAAUUAUCAAGUGUUGUCCACGCAAAUUAAACUGUAUAUGGGUAGCUUAAAUAUGCUGGCUGGAUUUCAGCCUUGAUAAAUGUGUACAGAAGUUGAAAGUAUUUGGUUUCCUUUUUUUCAUUCUGUAGUCUCACCGGUGAUAAUUAAGGAAUGGGCUGCUUACAAAGGAAAGUCCCCCCAGACUCCUGAGUUGGUAGAAGCUCUUGCAUUUAGGGAAUGGACCUGUCCCAAUUUGAAGAAACUGUGGCUGGGGAAGGCGGUAGAGGACAAGAAUCGACGCAUGAGGGCUUUCUUGGCCUGUAUGAGGUCAGACACACCAGCAAUGCUCAACCCAUCUAAUGUGCCCACUCACCUUAUGGUGCUCUGUUGUGUAUUACGGUGAGUACGUUGACUGGAUUUUUGUGUAGAAUAAACACUCAUCUAGAGCCACAAGAUAGCCACCUGCUCUUAUCCAAGGGUCAGCAACCUUUUUCAGCCAUGGGCCGGUCCACCAUCCCUCAGACCUUGUGGGGGACCAGACUAUAUUUUGAAAAAUAAAAAUGAAUGAAUUCCUGUGCCGCACAAAUAACCCAGAGAUGCAUUUUAAAUAAAAGGACACAUUCUACUCAUGUAAAAACACACUGAUUCCCGGACCAUCUACGGGCUGGAUUGAGAAGGCGAUUGGGCCACAUCUGCCUACCCCUGCUCUAAUCCAUUCACAGACAGAGGUUUCCUUCCAUGAGCAAUUCCAGUCUCAUUGCUGGAACAGGUUUUUCAUGGCUCCGCUCUCCCUUUUCAGCCCACUGUACCACCUCAAAAUUUGUUCCUGAGGGCUAGGUAGUCUGGAGUGGCUUGGGAUAUGGGGCUGGAGAUCUGUAGGUAGAGGCAGCAUCAGUGGUGAUCAUCCCUGUUGCAUGAGUGCGAGAAAAUCUUAGGAUUCAAGUCCAGGUGUCUUGCCCUUAACUUUGGCAAGUGAAUGCAAACCAUAUGGCUUAACUAAUUUAAUCUAGCAUUAAUAAUAUCUCUAUGAUGACGUAGUUUUACAUGCGCUUCCAAGCUUAGUGUGCUUGAAUUUUUCAUAUUAAAUUUACUGAUCUAAUAUACACCGGGGUUUUUAUUGUUGCCACAACGCUAGCUUAAGAAGCCUACUGUAAAGCACUUCUUAAUUUCAUUGAUUUCAAUAGCAGAAUUAAGAAUGGAAUGUAAAUGUCUCCCAAUUAAAAAAACAAUGGGACUUUUAAGUGCUAACUUUUUGCAGGUUUGUGCCAAGUAUUGUUAUGUCAUUACAUAAUUUCCAUGCGGUUGUGGGACUUUCAAUUCCUAUAUGCAGAAAUUAUAAGCAAUGGUACCACAGCUUUCCAAGCAAUGCUGAUUCAGUGCUGUCUGUCUCUGUAGAUAUAUGGUGCAAUGGCCUGGGGUUCGGAUACUUCGUCGCCAGGAACUUGAUGCCUUCCUGGCUCAAGCUUUAUCUCCAAAACUAUAUGAACCUGACCAACUACAGGAACUAAAGGUGACCUUAGAACCUUGCUUCUGUGGGGCUUUUAAUCCAUACUUAAUACAAGCAAUCCCAUUUCUUUGUCAGUACUCUUAACUUAAUCCAUAUGCGUGUGUUAUGCAAAUGUAAGUGUGUGUGUGUGUGUGAGAGAGAGAGUGUGAGUGAGAGAAGGGGUUCUGGUUUCAACUCCAAGUGAACUCUAACUUGUUCAUCGUAAUUGUGAUAUCAUCUAUUCACUUCUUUACUUGGUAUUUUAUUUCCUUUGCAUCUGUAGCUUUCAAACUUGUAAUAAAGGGUUUCCCAAGAAUAUAUCACUUUCCUUGAUUCUCUCUUUUUCCCGUGGAACCCCUGUGUGUCAGCUAUAAACCAAUAUAUCUUUAAUUAUUUCAUGGAACUAAUUGUGCAUCUUCUGUUCAGGAAAUAGUCACUUUAAUUAUAGUCACUUUAAUUAGCCGACCCUACUGGGUAACCCUAGGGUUUUAGUGCCUAACCUUGAAACAGAGGGGUUUGGACUUCUGCUAAUUACGUAUACUAGUCAAAGUUCUGUCCCAUCUCAAAGGAGUCAUUGUUUUUGUUUGCCUUGUCUAUUGCUUCCCUUUCCUCACCUUCUCUACUUUCCUGGUCCCCAGUCCGUCCCCCAUCACUGCCCACUGCUUUCUUGCUAGCAACUUAUACUUCCUUAGAGAGGUAUAUCUCCCACCAUGGCUCUCUAGCCCAUCUCACUAUCCAAAAAACAAAGAAAACAAAAGAAGAAACAGCCUAUUGCGGACCGUGCAUGCUCAGUGCACACAAAAUGCUGAACUCAGGGAAGAGGGUGGGAAACCAGGGAGAAGGGAAAUGGAGUAGAGUGGCCAGAACCCUGGACAGAAGUGUUACAUUUUGUUGCAGGACCUCUUUUUCUUUUUUUUAAGCUAAAUAUACUAGUAAGAAGUGAUAUGCCUAAACUUUUACUGUGGUUGUUUGCUAUUCUACUAACUGGAUUAAUAAAGAUCUGCAUCUCUAAUUUCCAUAGUACUUUCUGCUAAUAAAUACAUUCAUUUCUCAUGGGGUUGCUUUGUUUUAAAUAUUUUCUUACUCAUAACUUGUUUCGACAUUCUUUUUCACUCCCAGCCCCAUGCUGCCAUACAGUGAGGGUGGUCCUUUUCUAGCUUGUCUUGCCACAGGGAGAAGUGGAACAGCCAAACUGAUCCCGGGACUGUUCAGAAUCCAGUGCCCAUGGCAAACCUAAGUCCUUUGUUUUGAUACGGCUUUUUUUAAGCAUUUCCAAAUAGAUUGCAUUCCUAAAUUAACUGUGGAAUCUCUAGGUUUGGCUAUUCAUUACCCCUAUUGUGAAGGAGGGGCCUGCAAGCCUUAUCUCUUCCCACAAACAACCUAGGAGGGAAGGAGAAGGGGAAAAAGCAGAGUUUUCUAAAUAGCCUGCUUUCUUGUACUAGUUUUUCCACAGUGGUCAAGUCCUGAAAAAACAGUUAUCUGCAAUUUACUUGUAUUUGUAUUAAAUAGUCUGCAGUGGCCACAUUUUUCAGAUACAGAGAAAUGUUUAACUACACACAGGCAGACUAUUUUAAUGGGCUUUAAGCAAGUUUAACUUAACUAGCAGGUGCAAGAUCAUGUGGCUUUACCUGUACUCUUCCAGUAAUAAGCUCUUAAUAAGUGUGCUUGAAGCCAAUAACUUUGUAUGGCUGGUAGUCAACUGCGGUUUCAUUUUCUGUCUUCCAAGAUUGAAAAUUUAGAUCCUCGAGGAAUUCAGCUGUCAGCAUUGUUUAUGAGCGGUGUUGACAUGGCAUUGUUUGCAAAUGAUGCUUGCGGGCAACCGAUUCCUUGGGAGCAUUGUUGUCCAUGGAUGUACUUUGAUGGGAAGCUGUUCCAGACCAAGCUCAUCAAAGGAACCCGGGAGAAAGUUCCUCUCAUUGACCUCUGUGAUGGUCAGGUAUGUUCGCUCCUCAGGGGUCUUUUAUGCCUAUGGAAAUUUCACUAGUUUUGAGUCAAGUUAGUCAGUUGCAAAUCCCUUUGGUAAAAAAUAAAAUAGAAUGCUUACUUUAAAUAAAUCAUAUUUGGUAAUUAGAUUGACUUAAUUUGGAGGGCUAUUAAGUCAAAAGGUUGGUGAGUCAUACUUUAUCUAACAUAUGUUCAUGUGCGUAAAUAAAAAGAGCUUGACAAAUUGAAUUGACCCUAUCCCACUAAAGAUCCUGGUCCUGUUUGAAUACAGAAUACUAUGUUUAUGAGUUUAAGACCUGAUGCUGAUUCUUGAUUGAUAAAUGAUUUUGUAGAAUAGCAUAUUUGAAUUUAGAAGGGGUCAGUCAGAAUAUUUAGCUUUCUAGAAUAAACACGUAAGAAAUAUGUUGGUUUCUCAAGAUACUCCUUCUGUCACCACUCAGAGAUGCUGACAUGGGGCUGGGCUGGAUCUUCUUCCUGUGAACUGUAGGAAGGAAGACGUUGACCAGAACAGGGUUUGGACCAAGAGGCACCUCCCAUUUGUCGUUCAAAUGUGUUUGUGCUGUGUGUUUUUUUAUUGUAGACUGAACAAGCUGCCAAGGUUGAAAAGAUGCGCCAGAGCAUCCUCGAAGGCUUAAAUUUCUCCCGGCAGAACCAUCCACUCCCUUUUCCUCCACCGCCUGCCAUGCCUUUUUAUCCAGGUUCUGUAUACCCUCGGCACUUUGGGCCACUUCCACCACCUCAGGGCAGAGGCAGAGGCUUUCCUGGUAAGCAUGUGUCACUGUUAACAUGUAGCAUUUCAUCCAAAAUAAAUUUUGACAGUGUUAUUAGUAUAAUUAGGCAGGCUUGCCUGGCGCCACCGUUCUAUAUCUUUAGGCAUCAGGCAAAAACUUCCUCUAUAACCAGACCUUUGGCCAUUAACUAUCUGUGGCCUUUUAGAAGUGGGUGGGGUGUUUUAAAUGUAUUUCUCUUUCCCCCUAAGUUUUGAUGUAUCUGUGUUGGGUGGCAGGUUUGUUUGGUUUGUUCUAAGUCUCUUUGGGUGGCCUUGGACAAGGUAAAGCAACUAACAUAUUUAAUAAAUAAUAAUCACUAUAAUACUAUUUGUAUAGUGCAGUACUGUGAGAUAUGUUUCCUUAUUUAUAUGGUUUAGCACAUAAACAUGUUUACCAUCUAUAACAAUCAUGGCAUUUGUCAUUGUGUGUUAAGUAACUGAAAACCUGGGGGGGGGGGGUUGUCAGCUGGUGCUCCCUGUAACUUGUGGACCACCAGAUCCUUGAGUUUUACAGGAUACCAAUGAGUCUUAUGGUCUACCAUUGCAAGCUUUAAUGCAGUGGUGGUUUCUUGUGGCCCCCAGAUAAAAUAAAGGAAAUUCAGAAGGAGGCAUCACUUUUGGUCUGUCUGUUUGGAAGCGGUUAUGAGGAGGGUGUGUUACCCAUGGGUGGGGGGGAAGGCAACCCGAGUGAGGGUGUACUCCUCAACAAUUCACAUAUGACCCAGAAUGGUUGGAGACCCCUUGCAUCGUCAUACUUGAUGUAAAGUUCAUGCUUCUGUAUGUCUGACAACUGGGAAAUAACGUCUGGUCAUCGUCUGACACGAUGUGGAGGCAGUAUAAAUUCAGUAGAAUAUAUUGCAGUACAGUCUGUUGCAUGAUCACAUUAGUGUCUUAAGGUUUAUGUUUAACUGCCAUGACCUCCUUAUAAAAUGACAUACUUAAAGUGACAUAUAAGCCAACGGUCCAAAAUGGUGGAUAGGGUCCAUAUCUUCUGCCUGUUGAAGAAUUCCUGUACAACAGGCGGUCAACUGUAAAUUAAAAAAUGGUUGACAAACUCUCUAUGUUCACCAAUUUCUGGUUGGGCGAUGGGACUUCCAUGUUUGCUCUUGGGUGCUAAAUCAGCAUAUUCUCAAUGUGCAGCCCUGUGCUUUUGGAGGGAAACUGUGGUCACACCAGCAGAGGUCAAUAGCUUAUUUUUCGGGGGAACUCCUGUAUGUCCCCCUUCCCCCUCACGGUUUCCCCCUGUCUCUUUCCCUCUGGGUCUCACAGGAGUCUAUGGCUUUGGAGGCCCCUAUGGGGAAACAGUUGCAACAGGCGCUUAUCGAGCCUUCCGGAUGGCUGCUGCAGGAGGACACUCCGGAGCCUUCUCUGGCAAUGACGGCAACAGGACUAGCAAGUUUCAGGGCGGUAAUUAUACCAAACCCCUUUUCUUAACAUCUUAUGGCAGUCGCCUUCUUCACCUCACCCUGGUCUGAGAUUUUUAAACAGGGACCUCCUUGCUUUCUCUCUCCAUCCCUCUCUCCUGUAACCAAACGCAGCUGUCAUUUUGCUGUACAACCUACCCCCUCGGAUUGCUGUCACGUCGUUCACUAACGCCUAUUACUCAGAACUCUGUGACAUGCUACAGGAGUCACAUUCUCGCCUCCAAAAUUAAACGCACACCUGGUGAAAUGCACGUAUUCUUUUAAAGGUUUGUUUCCAAUUUUUGGACAAACAAUUUUUCAAAGGCAACAUGCGCUUCAAGACUGGGGUUUUUUGCUUGUUUUGAAAUCAGCUGCGGGAUAAAUACUUUGGAAAAUAAAAGUAGCAGGAAACCUUGCUCAGUGUUGCUGAUGUUUUAUUUGUAAGUAGCUCAUAGGUGUUAAUGUUUCAGAAGCUGGGCAUGCACUUCUUAAGGGAACAGAAUUUUCCCCAAUUUCCUCCUUAAAAAAUAAAAUAAAAUAGUGGAACAGGAAGCCCCCCCCCCCCCCCGCAUUUUAAUUACUUCCAACAAAUUCCUGCAAGCUCCCUAACAUCAGAGCUUUAGCUAGUAACUGACACUUCUGGUUCUCUGAAGCCCAAUGAAGCAGCUGCUGUACUAUUAGAGUUGAUUGUACAGUAUAGAGAAGAAUGUACUUCCCUGCCUUCACUAGCGCUGUAGUAAUUAGUAAGUUAACGCUGGGGCCUAAUUUGUAACCACAUUGCUUCUACCUGUUUAAACCCUUUCAUUUUAUCAGCUUUAACAGUCAUAUCUAGUUAACAUUUAUCCCAUAGAUUAUUGGAAAUGAUUUGAUUAUGUAAAUACUCACACGUGAACACUUGAAUUUGAGUUGAGACAUAUUCUCGAACAGAGAGGUAAUGAAGGUUCUCUCCCCACCCCCGAGUGUUUAAAAGAUAAAACAUAUGUGGGGUGGUUAAAAGUGGGGAUUUCUGGCAUUCUCUUUGCAUGCAAGUAACUCGCAUCUUACUGUUUAUUUUACUUACAAGAUCGCAGUUGUGCAUGGUGUGCAGAAAGAAACAAUUGGAGACUGGAAUAAACCCACUCUUCCUUUAUUUGUUCCCCUUCCCCACCUGCGUACAGCUGCAGUCGCAGGUUUACCCAGCUUUGGGAAGGUGCCACGAGACUUCUGGGACCCAGUAUCCAGUGGUCUUGGUUAAGCAUGAGGCCAUUGAACCUAACUGGAUAAAAUGAGUGCAAAACAGUCAAUAAUCUCAAUGGGAUCUAAUCUUGAACAGGGGUGUGUAGAUUGUAAGUGUAGCAUGCGUCAGAUUAUUGUAAAUUAUGAUGCUGAUAAUGUUACCCCCCAGGAAGGACCAUCCAAUCCAUUUUAAAUAAAUUAAAAGAACCUUAGUACAAAACUUAGAAUCUUUUGUGCCUGAAUGUGCAAUGUUCCUUUCUUUAGAAGGAAAGCAGUAUUUUCAGGGAAAGUUGGAAGUCCAUGUACUCUGUUCUCUGAAUUAUAGCUGCAAAUAGCAAUCUCUCUUUUCAUCUUUGUACAGGUGUCCAACCUAUUCCUUCUCAGGGAGGGAAACUCGAAAUAGCUGGCACUGUGGUUGGCCACUGGGCUGGAAGCAGACGUGGUCGUGGAGGGAGAGGGCCGUUUCCUCUGCAGGUGGUUUCUGUCGGAGGGCCCACAAGAGGGUAGGCAGAAAUAAAUCUUAAAUUAAUAUUGUCUUGGCUUUGGAAUUUAGCAAUGGCAAAAAAGUGGCAGCUGGCUUUUAUUAAAGUACAGAAAAGGGCAAUUAUUGUAUCUUUUAUUUCAGAAUGUUUGGGUGUAAAAAAUGAAUGUGGGUCAGACAUUCUGAAAAGAUCAGGAAUGAUUUUACCUAAUGGGAUGUUAGCUAUAAUUAUAUCAGCUAUAUAUAACAGUUAAUAUCUUUCAUGUUGACCAUUGAUCUGAACCAAAUCUCAACAUAUAAUUCUUUCACUAUUGUUGCCUGUUUUUACUUAUAUUUUUCUAAGGCAGCUGCUGCCUAUAAGGUGUUGAUCAUUUUAGAGGAAGAGGUACUUUGGUUAAGCAGUUUAUUUAAAAACGGCAAUGAAGAACAAACAUGGAUCAGUACAGGCUAAACUAGUAUGAGAUUAGUAAAUGUUAACUUCCGAGCAUUAAGAAUUACUAAAGAGAUUAUAUUUGAAACUUGGCAGCAGGAUUAAUGGGGGGAAAUAGGUGCCGACUUCUAUUCAUACCAGUUUUCAAUGUUUGGUUUGCUAGUACUUUACACAGCAACUGCAAGAAUGUAAGUGGAAGAAACAUUUGUUUGAACAACUUUCACAUUAUAAAAAAUAAAUAUUUUGAGAAGCUUCUUAAUGAUACAGAGAACUAGCUUUCUGAUUGUGAGGAGCAAAAGACUGUGCUGUGGGGUUUUUUUUUUCAAAUGGAAACUUUCUUUUUUCCUUUUAAAAAUACAGAAACAUAUCUAAAGUUUAAAUGUGUUUUUAAAUUGUUUCUCACUCAAUGCAGACGCCCGAGAGGAGUUAUUUCCACUCCAGUGAUAAGAACGUUUGGCAGAGGAGGAAGAUACUAUGGGAGAGCAUAUAAGAACCAGGGAACAAUUCAGGUAUUGGGAGAAAUCAUUUACGAAACUGAGAGUCAGAAAAGAUUUUGGUAACGUGAGUUUAGGUGACAAUCAUGUAUACACCAAUUUAACUAUAGACAUGGGAGUAGGAGGAUAGACUGCAUGAAAUAACCAUAUGACCGUAGAACUAAAUUAUAUUGGCCUUUAAUUUGACUUGCUUUUGCUGUCUUUCCCCCUAUCUUGGGGGUGGGGUGGAGUUUGUGAAUUGCACUCACCUCUUUCAGAGGUUAAUACUUAACAUAGGGCACAAUUUGCCCUAGGGAGCCCCUUCAGCGGAAGUCCUGUGCAAAGAAUUUCCAUUUCCCCUACUCUUCUUUCCCUGAAAUUGGCUCGGGGGGGGGCGGGAUAGGAGAACCCCCAGAGCAGGGGGAAGGAUAGUUCCCCCUGGCAAGCCGAUGCUGAAUCCCUCCUUUAUCUGCAACUCACACCUUUUGUUUUAGCUCAGUAAUCAAAAGGGUAAUAGGGUUUACUGCCAACAUGGUCAGCUUACUUCAUCAUUUUCCCAUUGCUUUUGUUGCACUCUGAUUCCAUUUGCUCAGCAGUUCUGGAUGUUAAAUUAAGUCUUGUAAUAUAAUAUACUGGCAUUAAGCAGAUGAGAUUGUCAGGAGUGCAUGAUAAAACUAAUUUUUCACAUACAUAUCUGUACUUAAAGGGUCACAUAUAUAAAGCAACUCAAGAUGGAGAAGGGGAAUAAUAGAAAGGGCAAUGUAAGUGAUGUCUAUGUGGAUAUGUACACUUACAUAGACACCUUACAUUGGAUCUGCAAAAGAACUGGAUGAACAACAUAAUUGGGGGUUUCCACAUUUUGAUGUCAGGAUUGGCAUGCUUUUAAACAGUGAUUCAGAUACCUAAACUGUUAUCAUAUUUAAUUAUGGGUGAUAUUCAGCUGUCGUGUGCCACCGUUCACAUGUCAUGGCAAGCCAAGUUAUAACUUACGGGGACCAUUCAAGUGUGCUGGCUCUUGGGAAUGAGAUUGCAGCUGCUUUGUUCCCCACCAGUCCUUUUAGCUUAGCCUGGCACAGCAGCUAAGCCAAGAUUCGACUUAGCAUGCCAUCCAAAUCCAGGAUUGUGGUUAAGGAGGACAGAGCUUAAUCACAAUUCCAGGUUUGGACAGCCUACAAAGUCAAAACUUGCUUUAGCUGCUGGCUGCCCUGAGCACAAACUGCCAAGGAGGAGAGAAUCAUCUGCAGCCUUCUCCUUGGGAGCCAGCAGGCCGUGAUUUGGCCAGCUUUGCCAGAUUUGUCGCUUGCUUCUUAAAAUGAAAUCUAACUUGCUGAACAGUUUCCAAGUGACUGGUCAGCACUCUCCUUAAUCCAGAGUGGCUCUUCAGACCAUGAAGAGUAGGGCAACAGGUCCCAGGUGUGAGUUUUUGAAAUUUUAUUUCUAGUUCAUAUUUGUAAAUGCUGUGUCAAUCCAAUAAAGGAAAAUAAAUAAUCUUGCAUGGCAUCUACAGUAAUUUCCAAAGCGAUAGCCAAGUUAGUCUCUCACAGCAAAAAGAAUAAAGAGACUGACACAUGUAUGGUGGCCUUCAGUUUUAUGGACUCAAGACCAUUUCACACAUCUGAAGCUUAAAAGCUUAUGUCAUAACAAAUGUGCUAAUCUUUAAUAGCUAUUUGUUUUACUGCAGUAAGAAACCAGAGGAGCAUGGCCCAGUUUGCAUAUACUGCUCAGCCAAAUGUGGUUUGGUGUGAAUGAGAGAGAGAGAGAGAGAGAGAGAGAGAGAGAGAGAGAGUGUAUGAGAUUGCAGCUGCUUUGUUCUUCCCCAGUCAUUCCUUUGCUGCACGACAAUAAACCGUUUAGUGCAAUACAGGGUUGGGAGACUGGAUCUGGCGAGUGAACCAGAUCCUUACUUUGCCCUCACCCAUUGGCCAACUUAGGGGUGGGGAGGCCCGCCUGUCAGUAAGUCACCUGACAUCAAAAGGAUGUCUCGUGACCUGCUUUCCUUUGCUUGCGCUGAUUGCCGAUCUGUAGUCCCUUCUGCCUCGCAUAUCUGACAUCAUUGAGGGCAUGUGUGUGUGGCUUGGUCAAAGCAGCAAUGUGGGCCAACUGGCAAUGCCUGGCAGCUUAAUUAGGUCCAUAGGCCAGAGCCUCCCCAUUAGCCUACCUUGACAGUUAAACCCCAGCUCUUAGCUUACCUCUUUUCAAACCUUGAGCUGUAACCAGAGUUUGUCCUAUACAGUAGAACCUCUACUUACGACCGCCUCUACUUGGGCUCGAUCCAAGUUGCGACUGCAGCAAACCCGGAAGUAAAUACCAGGUUUGCCGCGAUUUGCACACACUCAGAAGCGGCUUCUGCCAUCUGCACAUGCGCAGAAGCGCGUUGCUGCCAAAUGCGCCUGUGCACAACGGCGCUUCUACCAGCGACCCGGAUCAACUUAUGGACGGACCUCCGGAACUGAUUAUGUCCAUAAGUAGAGGUUCCACUGUAGUUAACAGCUUCUGGUUUGUCUGGGAGCAUUUGACCAUGAAGAGUGCAGGUUUGGACACCAUGCUAAGGCAUAUCAUGGCUUAGCUCAGCAGAGCAGCUGUGGAGAGGACUAAAGUAGCUGCUGUCUCCUCUCCAUACUGAGCCAAGGACUCUGAAGGGCAAUACUGCCCUACCUAAAUUAUGUGCUUAUAACCCAUCUGUCUUCUCUUUUAUUUUAAAAUAGGGCAAACCUCCUUAUGCUGCUUCAGCAGAAGAAGUGGCCAAAGAACUUAAGUCAAAAUCAGAGGAAUCCAAGUCCUCUAUUGUGUCUUCAGAAGGAUCCCUGGCUGAAAAUGGAGUAGUGAACGAGGAGAAACCAGCCUCCCAGAUGAAUGGGAGUACAGCAGACGUCAGGGCUUCCAACCAGUCUGAAAGUGCCUUGAGUAAUGACUCUAAAACGUGCAAUACAAAUCCUCACUUAAAUGCACUAAAUGCAGACAGUGUUUGCCAUAAAGAUGAUACUCUUGAGGCCACUGUCUUAAAAAAAGAAGAGUAAACUUAUUUUUUAUAGAGGGUGAAGGAUGUUGGAAGGGUCAGGAUUAGGAAUAUCUGGAAAGAAAGAGAGCCUACAGUUACGUACAUUUUUUCCUUUCCGUAAGAGAAAAAUGAGGACUUUGGAAAUUUGGAUCCCUCUUGGAUGUCAGAGAUUUAAAGAACACAUUUUUAGUUUUAACCAGUUGUAGUCAAAAUGCUACAAUACAACAAAAAUGAAAGAGAAUGAAGAGCAUUUGACUCCCGCACUUAAAAUGAAGUAUACACAAAGUUUAAACUGGUUAUGACAAAAGCUCGUAGUUUUUGUUUCUUGAGAUAUAUUAAAAAAACAACAACAAAUUUUGGCAGUCUUUCAGUAUAUAUAGCUUGAAAUAUAAUUUUUAGUAUUUGGCACCAUAUGUAUGCCAUUAUAUUUGAUUUUGCAUUACUGUGUCACAAAGCUUUCUUUAAGGCUUUGAUUUCAUGAUUAUGGGGGGGAAAGGCACAACCACAGUUCUUUCUUUUCUUAAAUUUCAUCACUGUUGAUGUGGUUCUUUUUAUGUUUAAAAUGUGCAAACUAUCAAAAUAAAAAAAAAAUUAUAGAGUAAUAUUGGAGUUCUGCUGAUUUUAAAUAUACAUCAUACAUACUUUACAAGCAAGGUAAAAUGGAUUUAACUUUAAAAUCAUAGAAGAUGCAAAUGACCUUUUCAAAACAAACACAAUGUGUUCUGAUACUUUUCGUGACUAAUACCAUGCAUCCGUGAUCAAUGAACUAUGUGGUUUUGAAUCAGACGUAGACCAUUAGUACUACUAUUUGAGCUAAACUUCUGCAUGGUUCAUAAUUUUUAAAGUGUGUAGUUAAUAUUAUGCAUGUUAUUGUCCUCUUUCUUCCAUUCUUACAAGUACUGUGCCCAUUUGCAAAACAAAAAAAAAAGCUAAUAAUCAGUAAUAGUCCUAUAAAAGAUGUUAACUAUGUUUAGUCAUUGACUGAUCUUGCUCUAACCUUAAAAUUUUGUGAUUAUUGACCUCUGUUGCAUUUAUUCUAAAACAAAAAAAUUAUCUAGCCGUUUUGAAUAUCAACGUUACCCUGGUGUACUCAUUGCUGUAUGCAUUAUUGUUCUCUGUUGCUGUUUUAUGCCUUCAUAUUAGCAAAUAUGAAAUUCUGUGGAAAAACAAAAAAAAGCUUUGAUCUUCAAGAAAUACCCCCCUUCUGUAGCAGGAAACAAAUGGCUUGUUCUUGAGAACUUUCCCAUCAAGAAUUUAGUAUAAGCAAAUAUACCUGUAUCAUUUUGAUGUUUUUGUUAGUGUUUCCAAACUUAAUGUACUUCAAAAUCAGAAUCAUUUCUUUAUAUUUGUUUUCAUAUAAUUCUCCUGAUGCUCUUCAUCACACAUUAGUGAUCAGAAAUGAGGUGUAAUUCCCCAUUCCCUGCCCGCAAGAGCUAAGUAGGUAUCUUAAUGUAAGUUGAAGGGAGUUCUGCCCCAACUCAUGGAUUGUGCAAGAAUGAACUACUGUUGGGUUUGAUUGGUUGUAGAUGGAUUGUGGUGUGGUGUAUUUGAAGGCUAUUGAAUGCAACUUACAAUGCUUAAUAAAAAUCUUUAUUCUUUUAGUAUAAAA